CUUUAGCUGGGGGGCGGGGCCGGAUCCCGGAAGUGCUGUGUGUGUAUGUGUCAGGCUGCAGGCGGCCAGGAGAGUGAGCAGAGUGCUUAGACCGUGUGUGAGUAUGACUCUGUUGUAUACACUAUUAUUGGAUCUCUUUGCCUUGUGUACAUAUCUAAAAUUCAAUAACCGCUGCUUAGCCUUUGAUAUCCUGGCAGCUGGGGGGAACUACAGUUCCAAUAUCCUGCUAAGCUAGCUAAAAGCAUCAUGGGAUAUGUAGUCCUCCACAAUUGGAGUGACAAAGGCUUGCUGUCACUACAACAAACAAUGUGUGCUUGCCACAUUCACCUUGCACGUCACAUGGCUCACAGUACUGUUUGCAUAUGGCUAAAUACAGUGAUCUUUGGAGUGUAUACACACAUUGUUGGGUUGUUGAUGACUCACAUUAAUCAUUGUUUAUAUUUUAUGAUCUGCUUUAAAGUUAGGAUUGCUUUUCAAAAGUGAAAAGUAUUGUAAUUUGCACAUGAUAACUAUUUCCCUCACAGGGACUUGAAUUUUGUUGCUGAUGAGAAUGGAUUGCUGCUCUGAAUCUAAGGUGGUGCCCCCACCCCCUUAUAGCACAACCUGAUUGGUGUAAUUCUCUGUGGGGCCAUGGGUUAGUACCCAUGUGCCAAGUUGUUUGUGUGUGUGUGUGUGUGUGUGUGUGUGUGUGUGUGUACAUAAAAGUACUCUCUGUUUCUAGUUUAAAGUGUACCUCCUGCUGGAUUUUUACUGCGGUUUAGGAAUGAGCUACUUAGAUGGUUGAAUCGUUUUUUUAAAGAGCUUUUAAAAUGAAGGGGUUAUAGAAGGAAAAGCAGGGAGAACGAUAGUGUAAUGGCACGCAUGCUUUUAAUUUUUAUGCAGGUGAAGCCAAGUUUGUCUUGUUUGCAAACACAUCUUUAUAAAUUAUUGUAUUGGGCAAAUUCAAAAAUGUAUCACGGUCAAAAUAACAAAAAUAAAACACAUUUCGCCCAUGAGGCCUUAUUCAUGGCUGAAAUGUAAAAUGUUUUAAAUUUGUUCCUUACAUUGUAAGGUUUCUACCUGUAGUUGAUAUUGAUGAUUGGCGGUCCUCUACCUCAGUGCUCAAACUUAUUUAUUAUUUGUGUUUAGCACUCUAUCUACAUUCUGUAUUUAUAUUGCAUUGCUAUGAAGCUGCCGGUGACCUUUUUAUGUCCGCUGCUCGCACUCUUACUGCUAACUCGUGCAACUUCUCGUGGGUAGCUCUGUUCUUUUGAAACAGUCUCUCUACCCCAGUCAGACUCUUCAAUCAUUUAAGAAGUCUUCAAUCAUUUAAGAAGUACCUCAAAACCCACCUGAGAGAUGCUUUUGGCCACGCAGAGUAACUUUUAUUUUACAAACCUGUUUCUUGCUCUCUUAAAGGGAUGCACUCAAUUCUCGUCCCCCAGUUCUGUAACUUUUCAACCUUGUUAUCCUACUGGAUGCCCACCUUUUCUAGAUUGUAAGCUAGUUUUGAGCAGGGUCCUCCUCAACCUGUUUUUCCUGUAACAUUUUGUAAUUGUCUAAUUUACUGUUCCAUUUUCCCCAUUAUAAUAUUGUAACGCUCUACAGAAUAUGUUGGUGCUAUAUAAAUGCCAAUAAUAGUAACAUAGAUGUUUACAGCACAAUUUAGGUAUGUGAGACUGAGUUGUUUUCGUGUAAAGUUUAUUUUUAUAUGCUUUUUAAAAUUCCCCACUUUAGUAUUACGGAUAUUGUUUUCCAUUAUAUUUGCCAGUGAAAAAGAUUAAAUUUAACGUGCUUAGCAGCACUUUGUUUGAGAAAUGGAAAUUUCUGACCACAGAAAUUCCCCCAAACAUAGACCUGCUCUCUAGCGCAUCCUCACUUACAGACCACUUCGUUUGAGUCGUUGGAAUGGAACUCGGAUGGUAAGUGAGGAUUGUCUGUACACAAAUUAUUCUCAUCCUCCUUCAGAUCAAUGGUUGAGGGAGAAAAUAUGAGUUCUGCAGAUGGGCCCUUGGGUGCGUGGAAGUUUUAUUUUUGGUCUCAGAAUUCAUUUGUUUUUAUACUGUAUAUAUCUUUUUUCAUUUUUCUUUCCUGUCUACAUAAUUUGCCAAAUCCUCUCAAAGAGAAACAAAAUUGCUACUUUUAUUUAUCUAAUUUUGUUAUAUGGAAAUGCUUUCAUAGUGUUCCAUGUCGGCAAGGUCAGUUGUAAGUAAUUCUAUGAAAAGUAGGUCUGGGGCAACACUGUGAUCUUAUCUCCAUGCCACUUUUGUUGACUUUGAGAAAUUUCUGUAAGUUGACUUGACCCUUUACCUUUCAUUCAAAGACGUACUUAAGUUAGAGGCGGCAUCUUCUUUCUUUAGUCCAACUAGUCUGCCAGGUUCCAUAGAUGGCCGAUGUCAAUAGGAUCUGCGGCAUAAUAAGUAGAGAUACCAAAGAUCUAUUGCACGUUGCUCAAGUAGAUCCCUGUGAUGAUAUCAAAGGCUUUUAUUAACUAAUGGAAAAAUCGCUAAGCAAUGCAGCAGAAAAUCCUAAUUUUGUUAUUUUACCUAAGACAAAGUAGUCUCGUGUAAUUUAUGAGUAUCUCCGCCCAGACUUUUUUUUUUGGCUGUUCAAUCACAGACUUAUGCAGCUUAAUGAGAAGUCUUUACAAGGCAGGUGCCCUGAGCAAUUGCCUCUUGAGUUUAGCUCCACUGAGCCAUUCAAACCAGGAAGUAACAGGACCUCUUGUCUGCUUAAAAGCCACGUGGGUGUAAACAAGGUCAAUUUAUAAAAGAGUCAAUUUCUAUUGAAAUCUGCACUUUUUGCAAAUUGAAAAAAAGGAUACACUCUUCACAAGUGCUUUAGGGGUCUGGAGUGUCCCUUUAACAUGCUACAAUUGCAGUGAAAUACCUAUAGUCAUAUCUUCAUUAACUUGCACACGCAAGUCUGCUUUAAAUGGACACUCCAGGCACCCAGACCACUUCUGUCCAUUGGAGUGGUCUGGGUGCCAACUCCCACUACCCUUAACCCUGCAACUGUAAUUAUUGCAGUUUUUAUAAACUGCAAUGAUUACCUUGCAGGAAUAACACCUCCUCUAGUGGCUCUCUACUAGACAGCCACUAGAGGGCACUUCCUGAUUCAUAGCACAGAUUUUCCUCCAGCGUCACUAAAAUCCCCAUAGGAAAGCAUUUUCAAUGGAGAGGUCUAAUGAAUGCGCAUUAGACCUCACCCGCCGGAUGACUGGACGGGGAGGAGCGUGGGCGGACCAAUAAGCAGUGGCGAGGAACAUCUUUGCUGCCUCUGGUAAGUCACUGAAGGGGUUUUGACCCCUUCAGCAACCGGAGGUGGGAGGGAGAGGGGACCUGCAGUGCCAGGAAAACUGAUUGUUUUCUUGGCACUGGAGUGUCCCUUUAAUAAAAACUGAAUGGUAUUGUCCAAUGUCUGGAGAUAUUUUCCUCUGAAGCGAUUUUAUAAUCUGUAGAGAAGCUUUCUAUAUACAAUAUAGAGCCAAAUCAAUUUAAGUCAAAUCAAGUGCUAACUCCAGUCUUCUUAGUUUAAUAGUACUUCUAACUUAUUCCCACUACAGAUAAGACUGUAAUCUCCAAGGUAAGAUUUGAAUGCCUUUCAAAAUCUGUUUAACCCCUUAAGGACUGGACUGUUUUUGCGAUGUUGUACAUUUGCAACCAGGAAUAUUUUUACACUUUUCUGGUGUUUGUGUUUAGCUGUUAUUUUCCGCUCUCUCAUUUACUGUUCCCAUACAAAUUAUAUAUUGUUUUUUUCAGGACAAAAGGGGCUUUCUUUACAUACCAUUAUUUAUAUAAUCUCAUGUAUUUUAAUUUAAAAAAAAUAAAAAAUAUGAUGAAAAAUUGAAAAAAAUACAUGUUUUUUGACUUUUACUUGAAAAAUCUUUUACUCAUCUACAAAAGCGAAUGAAAAAAACAGCUAAAUAGAUUCAAAAUUUUGUCCUGAGUUUAAAAAUACCCAGUGUUUACAUGCUUUUUUGCUUUUUUUUGCAAGUUAUAGGGCUAUAGGUACAAGUAGGAUAUGGCGGUUUCAAAACAAAAUUUUUUAAAUGUAUCAAUAGUGACAUUGUAACACUAUUAUCUGUCAUAAAUCUCUGGAAAACACUCCACAUGUAUAUAUUUUUUUUAAAGUAGACAACCCAGGGUAUUCAUCUAAGGAUAUUUUGACACUUUCUAUGCAGCCAUUUUACCACAAGUCUUUGCCAAACUUUGCAUAGAUAGUUGUUUUUUUUGUUUUUUUUCACAUACAUUGCAAUUCAGGUAUAAACUUACAGAUCCUGUUAUGUCUUGCUGCCAAAUAACACGCCAAUAUGUGUUCAGCAACAUCUCCUGAGUACAGUGAUACCACCCAUGCAUAGGCUUGUCGGAUUGUUUGGGGGCUAAAAGGCCACAUUUGGCAGGUGCGCAUAUCCAUUUUUCAACUUGGAAUUUUGACAUGUAGUCAACCUGCGCACAUGUCCUAUUUGGGACAUUUGUAAGGCCGGCCAAUGUAUUUUACCCCCACCAAACCAUAUAUUUUUGGAAAGUAGACACCCUAGGGUAUUUCAAAUGGUGGUUUUUUAACACUUUCCAUGCACUAAUUCUACCACCAGACAUUGUCAAACAUUUAGGUAGUCAUUUUUUGUGUGUUUUUUUUCACACACAUUGUACUUUAGGCAUGAAUUAACAAAUCGUGUUAUGUGUCACUGCCAAACAACACACCAAUAUGUGUUCAGCAACAUCUCCUGAGUACAGUGAUACCACCCAUGCAUAGGCUUGUCGGAUUGUUUGGGGGCUAAAAGGCCACAUUUGGCAGGUGCGCAUAUCCAUUUUUCAACUUGGAAUUUUGACAUGUAGUCAACCUGCGCACAUGUCCUAUUUGGGACAUUUGUAAGGCCGGCCAAUGUAUUUUACCCCCACCAAACCAUAUAUUUUUGGAAAGUAGACACCCUAGGGUAUUUCAAAUGGUGGUUUUUUAACACUUUCCAUGCACUAAUUCUACCACCAGACAUUGUCAAACAUUUAGGUAGUCAUUUUUUGUGUGUUUUUUUCACACACAUUGUACUUUAGGCAUGAAUUAACAAAUCGUGUUAUGUGUCACUGCCAAACAACACGCCAAUAUGUGUUCAGCAACAUCUCCUGAGUACAGUGAUACCACCCAUGCAUAGGCUUGUCGGAUUGUUUGGGGGCUAAAAGGCCACAUUUGGCAGGUGCGCAUAUCCAUUUUUCAACUUGGAAUUUUGACAUGUAGUCAACCUGCGCACAUGUCCUAUUUGGGACAUUUGUAAGGCCGGCCAAUGUAUUUUACCCCCACCAAACCAUAUAUUUUUGGAAAGUAGACACCCUAGGGUAUUUCAAAUGGUGGUUUUUUAACACUUUCCAUGCACUAAUUCUACCACCAGACAUUGUCAAACAUUUAGGUAGUCAUUUUUUGUGUGUUUUUUUUCACACACAUUGUACUUUAGGCAUGAAUUAACAAAUCGUGUUAUGUGUCACUGCCAAACAACACACCAAUAUGUGUUCAGCAACAUCUCCUGAGUACAGUGAUACCACCCAUGCAUAGGCUUGUCGGAUUGUUUGGGGGCUAAAAGGCCACAUUUGGCAGGUGCGCAUAUCCAUUUUUCAACUUGGAAUUUUGACAUGUAGUCAACCUGCGCACAUGUCCUAUUUGGGACAUUUGUAAGGCCGGCCAAUGUAUUUUACCCCCACCAAACCAUAUAUUUUUGGAAAGUAGACACCCUAGGGUAUUUCAAAUGGUGGUUUUUUAACACUUUCCAUGCACUAAUUCUACCACCAGACAUUGUCAAACAUUUAGGUAGUCAUUUUUUGUGUGUUUUUUUUCACACACAUUGUACUUUAGGCAUGAAUUAACAAAUCGUGUUAUGUGUCACUGCCAAACAACACGCCAAUAUGUGUUCAGCAACAUCUCCUGAGUACAGUGAUACCACCCAUGCAUAGGCUUGUCGGAUUGUUUGGGGGCUAAAAGGCCACAUUUGGCAGGUGCGCAUAUCCAUUUUUCAACUUGGAAUUUUGACAUGUAGUAAACCAGCGCCCCUGUCCUAUUUGGGCCAAUGUAUUUUACCCCCAUCAAACCAUAUAUUUUUGAAAAGUAGACAACUCAGGGUAUUUUAAAUGGUGGUAGUUUAAUACUUUUCAUGCAAUAAUUCUACCACCAGCCUUUGGCAAACUUUUGGGUAGUAAUUUUCUUCAUGUUUUUUUACACAUACAUUGUACUUUAGGCAUGAAUUAACAGAUCCUGUUAUGUAUCACUGCCAAACAACACCCCAAUAUGUGUUCAGCAACAUCUCCUGAGUACAGUGACAUCACCCAUGCAUAGGUUUGCUGGGUUGUUUGGGGGCUAAAAGGCCACAUUCAAGACUUGUACAUAUCAGUUUUUCAACUUGAUAUAUAGGUAUGCUUGGCCUAUCUUCAGUUUGGCAUAUUUUUGCAUCCCCCCGUUAAUGUUAACAUCAUGAAAGUUUAUAUUUUUAUAAAGUAGACAUUCCAGAGUAUUGUAUAUGAGGUGUUUUCACAUCCUUCCCCCAACCAUUGUGCUAAACAAAUUUCAGAGAACGUGCAUGGUGGUAAUUUUUUAAUUCUGCUUUUUAUGCACACGUCAUCUGGUUUUGGCCAGCCAGUUAUAUGUUACUACCAUAAAACUUUUUUAACCAAAUGUGCAGGUAUCAAAUGCACCUUUAGCAGCAUUCUCUAAACUAACUCCUGCAAAAAGAAUCUAAUUGGAGAUUUGGGGGGAAGGAAACUGACUAACUAAAAUUUGCUGUUUUCAAAAGAAAAAAAAACAGUGUCCUUUUCCUUUUUUAUAACAGACCCAGCAACAUUUCAGGGGAUUUGUUUUUUUUUUGCAGUUGGCAGUAUCUUAAAAAUAAAAUGUCUGGACUCCUUUGGCACCGUUGUUGGAACUUGACCAUCUCCAUAAAUUAUUGUGGAAAUCAGCUUGAACUAAAAUUGGAGAAAGGUGGUUCUUUCUGAAUUCAUUUUUUUUUAAAGAGUAAAAAUUAAUUAUGUGUUGCUACUUGCAUCAGGUAGAUAGCCACCUUUUUAUACCAGGCUUUUGUCUUUCUUAAGAUAAGAUAUGGCUGCAUCAGCUGAUCAGCCAAAUCAACACCCCCCAUGUGCCUGUUAUAAGCCCUGAUGCACACCGGUUUUGUCUGUACCCUGCCUCGGACAGUGACGUCUGACAUGCCCUCGUUAUGGAUGGUUGUUAGCAUGUGAACAUCCUUCCUGUCCUUAAAUUUUAUUGCAAGCACUUUAGCUUUGUGCAGACCUUUACAUUCACUUUUUUUUUUUUUUUUGGCCUCUAUUAAAGGUCUGGGGAAAUCCUUGGCAUAUCUUCUCACACUGCCACAGGCCAGUAUCUAGAAACCCUAAAGAGUUUGAAACAAACAGACAAUGCUAUAAAAAUUGUCCACAUAAAGGUGGUAACCCUUAUUGAACAAGGGGAUCAGUAAGUCAAAAACAAGUUUCCCGCUUGUCCCCAGAGAGUCAGUACAGCCAGGAGGGUCCAGUUGACCAUCUUUCCCCUCAUAUAUACGAAAGGCAAAUGUAUAGCCACUUUCGCUCUCGCACAGUUUGUAGAAUUUUACGCCAUACCUAAAGCGCUUUGAGAGGAUGUAUUGUUUGAAUCCUAAUCUCCCUUUAUAUUUCAUUAACGAUUCAUCAAUAGAUACAUUUUUUUGAGGAGUAUAAACUUCAGUAAAUUUGUGCUGAAGAUGGUCUACCAGUGGGUGUAUUUUAUGAAGCCUAUCAUAUUGGGUGUGAUCUCUGGGGUGACAGAGGGUAUUGUCAUUGAAAUGUAAGUAUCUCAGCAGCAGCUCAAAUCUUGUUCUAGACAUGGUUUGAGAGUACACUCGACUAGAACAGAUUGGGUUGGUGCUCCAGUAAGAGCAAAUUGAUGGCUUCUUUAUAAUCCCCAUGAGAAUUGUAAGAGCCCAGAAUUUUUUAAGUUCAGCGACAUCUGUGGGAUGCCAAGCACACUCCUCCCUGACUGCAUAGCUAUCUGGAUUGGUAUCAAUAAAUUGGGUAGCAUAUAAAUUAGUCUGGGGAGCAAUCUCCUCCCACAUGGUAUCCCCUAAAAAUAGCUCCAUAUAUUGCAUAGGGAGAAGUCAUCCACAUUGACAUUAAUGCCUGUGUUGGCACUAAAAGGGGUGAUUUGGGGCUCAGCUAACUGUGGAGAAACCUGUUCCUCCUCCACAUUCGGCGUAGCAGAGAAAGCACAGCUUCUUUUUGCAGCCAGCUCACACACAGAUGACAUGUCAGAAAACUGACCUGGGUCAAAAUCGGACGCAGUGUCAGUGGCGUCAGAGUCUGGCUAACACAGAGUUAAAAAACAGACUAAAUGAGACUAAAACUUCUGUUAGCAGCAAUCUGUAAACUAACUCCUGCAAAAAGAAUCUAACUGGAGAUUUGGGGGAAGGAUACUGACUAACAGAAAUUUGCUGCUUUCAAAAUAAACAAAAAAAAAAAAUCAGGAACAAGUAUUAUAAAAAUGUAUUUUCUGUGUGGUAGACCUUAAAACAUUCUCCAAUGCACAGUCCAGGUUUUGUAUGGCAAUCGGGACAGUGAAAAGGGGUGUCUGUCCUUUUCCCUUUUUUAUAACAGACCCGGCAAUGUUUCUGGGGGUUUCUUUUUUUUGGUGUUGGCGGUAUCUUAAAAAUAAAAUGUCUAGACGACUCUUGCACUGUCGUUGGAACUUGACCAUCUCCAUAAAUUAUUGUGGAAAUCAGCUUGAGCUGAAAUUGGAGAUAGGUGGUUCUUCCUGGAUUAAUUUUUUUAAAAAGUAAAAAUGAAUUAUGUGUUGCUACUUGCAACAGGUAGAUAGCCACCUUUUUAUACCAGGCUUUUGUCUUUCUUAAGAUAAGAUAAGGCUGCAUCAGCUGAUCAGCCAAAUCAACACCCCCCAUGUGCCUGUUAUAAGCCCUGAUGCACACCGGUUUUGUCUGUACCCUGCCUCGGACAGUGACGUCUGACAUGCCCUCGUUAUGGAUGGUUGUUAUCAUGUGAACAUCCUUCCUGUCCUUAAAUUUUAGCGCAAGCAGUUCAGCCUUGCGCAGAGCUUUGCAUUCCCCUUUUUUUAAUUUGGCCUCUAUGAGAGGUCUGGGAAAAUCCUUGGCAUUUCUUCUUACAGUGCCGCAGGCCAGUGUCUGUAAACUAUAAAGAAUUUUAAACAAGUGGACACUGCUGUAAAAAUUGUCCACAUAAAGGUGGUAACCCUUAUUGAACAAAGGGUUCAGUAGGUCCCAAACAAGUUUCCCAGUUGUCCCCAGAGAGUCAGGACAGCCAGGAGGGUUCAGUUGAGCAUCUUUCCCCUCGUAUACACGGAAGGCAAAUGUGUAGCCACUUUCGCUCUCGCAAAGUUUGUAUACUUUAAUGCCAUACCUAGACCGCUUUGAGGGGAUAUAUUGUUUGAACCCUAAUCUCCCUUUGUAUUUCAUAAGGGAUUCAUUGAUGGAUAAAGUUUGUUGGGGAGUAUAAACUUCAGAAAAUCUGUUCUGAAGAUGGUCUACCAGUGGGCGUAUUUUAUAAAGCCUAUCAUAUUCGGGGUGAUCUCUGGGGUGACAGAGCGUAUUGUCGUUAAAAUGUAAGUAUCUGAGCAGCAGCUCAUAUCUUGGUCUAGGCAUUGUUUGGGAGAAUAUAGGAGUCGAACAAAUUGGGUUGGUGCUCCAGUAAGACCGGAUUGAUGGCUUUUUUAUUAUCCCCAUGAGCAUGGUAAGAGCCCAGAAUGUUUUAAGUUCAGGGACAUCUGUGGGAUGCCAAGCAUGCUCCCUGACUGUAUAGCUACCUGGAUUGGUCUCAAUAAAUUGGCUAGCGUAUAAAUUAGUCUGGGAAGCAAUCUCCUCCCAGAUGGUAUCCCCUAAAAAUAACUCCAUAUAUUGUAUAGGGGAGAAGUCAACCACAUUCACAUUAAUGCCUGCGUUGGCACUAAAAGGGGGGAUGUUGGGCUCAGCUAACUGUGGAGGUACCCAGUCCUCCUCCACAUUCAGCGUAGCAGGGGAAGCACAGCUUCUUUUAGCAGCUGGCUCACUCACAGAUGACAUGUCACUAGACGUGCCGCUAAACUGACCUGGGUCAAAAUCGGACGCAGUGUCAGUGGCGUCAGAGUCUGACGCCAAGAAGGCAUAUGCCUCCUCCAAGCUGUACAUGCGCUGCAUGUUUCACACCAACAGACUAAACUAACAAAAUACUAAACACAAUAUUUUUUUUUUUUAUUUUUUUUUUUGUAAAACACUAAAACAGACUAAAACAGACUAAAACAGUAAUCCCUAAACUAACUCCUGUUAGAAGAAUCUAAUGGAGAUUUGGGGGAAGGAAACUGACUGACUACGACAGGCUAUGACAGACUACGACAGACUACGACAGACUACGACAGACUACGACAGACUAAAACAGACUAAAACAGACUAAAACAGACUACGACAGUCUAAGACAGUCUAAGACAGUCUAAGACACAGAUUUUUUAAAAUAAAGUUAACCCUUAAGGGCAAAAAAAAAAAUACAGACAGUAAAAAUGCACUGUCUGUAACAGAUCUGGCAGGGAAGGGGUUAAAAUAGGAUUUUAAUUAACUGAAGAUACUUUUUAUUUUUCACAGGAACAGCUGCUGCAACAAACUAUCAGGAUCUCUGUCUCUCUCCUCUCACAAAACGCUACAGAGAGGAGAGAGGCAGAGAUCAGUGUCAAAGUGAGUGUUUGUAACACCCACUUUGACACCAGCCAAUUGUGAGCGAUCGCGGAUCGCUCACAUGCCGCAAUUGGCUGUUACUAUCUGCCUGGGAUGCCGGGCAGAUAGUAACAACGGGAUUUCAGCGGAAGCGAUCUCUGAUCGCUCCCGCCGCCCGUUUUCCGUUAGGACGGUUCAGGACCGUCCUCGGUCGGCAACGCAAAAAUGCCGAGGACGGUCCUGAACCGUCAUGCGUCCUUAAGGGGUUAAACCACACCUGCUCUACACCCAUCUUCUUGUACCAUGAAGAAAUAUCUAUGGGUAAAGCGUAACCGUCCAAAACAACUAAUGCAGUUAACAUUCUUCUUUAUUGUUCUUGUGCAAUCAACACAAUAGAACAUUUUUUUUCUUGUGCUUUUUUUGUUUUUGAAACCUGCAAAUCUUUUUCAUUUUGGGUGUGUUGUUUGUUUGGGUGGCACUUUCUUCUGUGUAUUUAAUGCUGCAUUUAUUGUCAAACACACACACACACCUAGCAUGUACUUUUUUGUGUACAUUUAACAGGCUUCUCUCUUGAAAAAUUGUUUUCUUGAGCUUUACAAAUUAGCAAUUUUGAUUAUUACUAUAUAUUAAAAAAGAAACAAAAACACUACCUUUUCAAGAACACCCCUCCUUCCAUCAGCUUUAUUGUAGUGCUUGAGCAAUGUCCAUUCCAGCAGUUGUUCCUCCAGACAUGAUGACAUCUGGUCUAAUCCAGCGCUUCUUAUAGUGAAGAACUGAAUACUUUGUCAGCUGGCCACAGUUAGUGACCCCAGACUGACUAUUGUACUGUAUGCAACCCUCAAAUCGAAUGCUGCAUACAGCCUUUUAAAUUAAUUGAGUUUACUGUUGAGCAGUUGCGCUCCACAAAGAUGACUUUUGACGUGUAGCAUGUCUAUGGGAGGACACCAGAAUCGUAAUAGACCCUGACAGGGUCUUCCUGCAUGCAGACCUUGUUUGGUGCUGGGUCACAGUGUAAAAGGAAAUUGCAGGUGAUUUUGCUUUUACAUCCAGUAGAUGGCGACAACAUACCACUCUCUGUUAAGAAUUCUGCUUAGAAGAAUAAUAAUCUGCUGAAAUCAGUAAUGGAAUUCCUCCAGUGACAUGAAAAGAGGGAAUCUUAAAAACACUUUCUAGGAUUAUGAUUGGGGUUAGGAUUAGGGGUCGUAUUAAGACUGAUACUUGGCAAAUAUAUACAUAAGGGGUAUUGUAUUCAGGAGAUGUUGCUGAAUACAGUUAAGCUACUUUUAUUACAGUGGCCCAGAUGGUAUUUAAGAAAAAAUAAAAAAGAUGCAAAAAUGCAAUGUGUAUGGCAUACCAAACAACAUUUUAAAUGAACACUUUUGUUUCAGGAGUGUGAGUGGUGGUGUGGCCAAGGAAGGAGCUGUUCUGAGAAAUUUUAGGGGACAAUAAAAUUAAUGUAAUGCAUUUAUAAAGUAAUUUAGGUAUGUGGAAUCUUAAAAUGCACCAGAGACCCAUCUUCAAUUUGCCUUUAAAAAAAAAAAUGAACUAAGCAUGUUGUUGUUGUUGUUGUUGUUGUUAAUAUUAUUUAUAUAGUGCCAGCAAAUUCCAUAGCGCUUUACAAUGUAAUCAAAGGGGGAGAUUUAACAAUAAAUGAGACAAUUACAAAAACUUACAGGAACAAUAGGUUGAAGAGGGCACUGCUUAAAUUAGCUUAUAGUCUAUAGGAGGGGGGGCAUAAAACCCGACCGGAGGUAAACCAAGAGAGACCGUGUCACAGAGACCGAGUGAUUGUAGAGUUUGGAUAAGGAGAACAUGGUCAACAGUGUCAAAGGCAGCAGAGCGGUCAAGAAGAAUUAGUAUGGAGUAGUGGCCUUUGGAUUUACCUGCGAUUAGGUCAUUAGUAACUUUGAUAGGAGCAGUCUCAGUAGAGUGGAGGGGGCAGAAGCCAGACUGAAGAGGGUCAAGGAGAGCGUUGGAAUUGAGGAAACAAGUCAGACGGGUAAAGUCUUUCCAGAAGCUUUGAGGAAAAAGGGAGCAGGGAUAUGGAACGAGAGUUAGAAAGGGAGGACGGGUCAAGAGAUGUGGUUUUUUUGUUUUGUUUUUUUUUUUAAGAUGCAUGUUUAAGGGCAGCAGGGACAACACCAGAAGAGAGAGAGCAGUUGAAUAUGUGUGUUAAGGAAGGCACAAGAGGAGAGAGAUCUGAGAAGGUUAGACUGGACAGGAUCAAGCAAGGAAGUGGUGGGGCGAGAGGAAAAGAGAAGCGCAGCCACCUCUUGUUCACUAGUCUGGGAGAAAGUGAGAAGGGUAGGAUAGGCAUCAUCCAGGUGUGGUUGAGAAAUAGAGGGACGAGGUGGUUGGAAUUCUUUCCUUAGCUGUUCAGUCUUGUCAGUAAAGUAGCAUGCAAAGCUAUCGGCUGUAAGGUUAGUUUGGGGGGUGGCAACAGCACGGCAAAAAAGGGAGUUAAAGGUAUUAAAAGAAACGCCUUGGAAUAGCAUGAGCUAAUGAGAGAGGAAGAGUAUGACUGAUUGGCAAGGGCUGUGUUGUAUGAACACAGCAUGAUUUUGUAGUGGAGGAAGUCCAACUGGGUGCGUGACUUCCUCCAGCAGUGUUAAGCAGAACGAGAGCAUCUCUGCAGUUAGCGUGUUGAUUUAGUGGGCCACGGAUGGGAGCAUGUUCUCCUCAAGGUGCAUGUUUGGAGUGGGGAUACAGCGUCCAGGGCAGAGGUGAGGGUAGUGUUAUAUGAGGAGAUGGCCAGUAAGAGACAGGAGAAAGUAGGGAUGGAUAGAAGUUGUGAAUCAAUAUUAGCCGAUAGCUGCUGGAGAUCAAUAUAAUUCAAUUUCUUCUUAGUUGAGGUAGGUUAGGGUAAGGGGCUAUUGAGAGCAAAGGAUAAGAGGUGCUGAUCUGAGAGAGGGAAUGGUGUGUUGCAGAGAUUAAAGAUUGUACAUUCAUGACAGAAAAUAAGAUCAAGGGUAUUGCAAGCUACAUGGGUGGGGGACUUGGCCCUCUGCGAUUGCCCAAGGGAGGAGGUCAUUGAAAGUAGUUUUGAGGCUGAGGACAAGGGCAGGUUAAUGUGAAUGUUGAAGUUCCCAAGAAUUACGGAUGGAAUAUUAGGAGAGGAAGUAGGGAAGCCAAGCAGCAAAGUGGUCAAGUAAGAGGAGAGGGGAACCAGGGGGACUAUGGAUAACGGCAAUGUUGGCAGAGAUGGUUUUGAAAAGAUGAAUUUAAUGCAUUUCAAAUGAGAGAGAGGGAAGGUGGGGCGGGGGGGGGGGGUAGAAGUUUGAAGGAACAGUUAGGUGAGAGCAGAAACCCUACACCAGGGCUCAACAAAUCCCAGGCGCCAUGGCGACUAUGAAUUUUGCCCUGGCUCCUGGGAUUGGUCAGCCCGUUACCACCACCUCCUCCUGUCUCAGCCCCUGUGUAGCGCUCUGUGUGCCGGUGUACCGGCAGGAAGUGAACUGUAAUGACUUUCUCCCGGCACUGAUGCUGCACAGCAGGACACCUGGCAAAGCUAGCAGGACACCUGCCAAAAUCGUCUCCUGCCAAAAAUGCCCCCACUUCACAGACCCGACCGACAGCCCACAUGUGUGUCUGUCUGUGUGUCUGUCUGUGUGUCUGUCUGUGUGUCUGUCUGUGUGUCUGUGUGUCUGACUGUGUGUCUGACUGUGUGUCUGUCAGUAAAUGUAUGUUUAGGUCACCAGUCCCCCUCCAAUCACAUGGGAAUGGGGUUUUUACUCACCAGUUUUCCAACACCGUGCCAGUCUCGCCGCAGCUGGCCAGCACCUAUAACUGAGAUUAUCAAUUACCAUUUAACAUCUGCUCAUGGUGAAGCAUUACAGCAGUGCAUAUCUAUGGGGAACGUUCAGCGCUGCAUAUUGUGCAGCACUGAAAUAGGAGACACUUUAGUGGCUGUUGGAAUGACUGCCACUAGAGGUGUUACUAGGCAGCAAGGAAAAAGCAGAGCUUACAUAGAAAAACCUACAGGGACAGGUUAUAGGCACCAGAGUUACUAAACUAAGCCGUAGUGUUUCUGGUGACUAGAGGGUCCCCUUAAGAAUUGUAUUUUUUUUAUGCUGAAAAAAUCUGGCUCCCAUUUUUUAGCUGGCUCCUUGAUUAAAAGCAAAUUUGUCAAGCCCUGCUCUACACCACCACCUUUGAUUUCAGAGUGUCUUGGGGUGUGGGAAAAUUGAAGACCACCAAAGGAUAGAGAGACGGGGUAGCGGUGUCAGAGGGAGAGAGCCAUGUUUCAGUUACGGCUAGUAAGUCUAGGGAACGAGAGAUGAAAAGGUCGUGCACGGCAGUUGAUUUAGUAACACUGAAAACAAGCGUGCAUUCCAGAGGGCAGAAUGGAAGGAGGAUUUAAAGGAAGGGUGACAUGAGAUAGGUAUGAGAUUAUUGUGAUUCCUGGAGUUUUUGAUAAGGUUUUGUGAGAUGGUUUGUAUUUAGAGGUUUUAGAAAGGGUUGGUGGAGAUAGGCUGGAAAGGUAUAAGUAGAGUGCAUGGGAUGAAUAGAGAGGGGAGGGAAGUAAAGUGAGAGCAAUGAAAAUGAUGUCCGCAGAGACAGGUGAGCAGAGGGAUAAAGAGAUUUUGCUAAUUAGAGAGGUGAGGUGAAAGUAAAGAAUCUAAGGGAGAGCAUUCUCUAAGGAGAAUAAAGGAGUUGCUAUUAUAAAGAAGGAAAAUUAGGAUUUUUAGUUGUGCAAAAUUAGAUGAGGUGGGAUCUUAGUCACAUGAGAGGGGUCAGAGAUUGCAGAUAGGGAGUGUGAUAGUUGAGCAGGUUAUGAGAGUUUAACACCUAAUUAGUGUGUUUGGAAAGUCAGGUAAUUUGUGCUAUCUAUAAAUGUAGUGAGUUCCUUGGGGUGGGCAGGAAGCCAUCCAAAAGAGCUACCUCUGCUUAAGGCUGUAGCUUGUCUUGGUAGCUGUGAGUCCUGGGAGCUAAUGUUCUAUUUGGUACCCAGGCUGCAAGAAAGGAUCUGGGUUAGAUCAAACAGCAAAUUAAGGGUGGGGAAGACACAGAUAUUGAGGUGAGAAAUGGGAGUUAAUGAAAAAGAAAAUAAAGAACAGAAGAUAAAGUAUUUGAGAUUUAAAGAUAUAAGGGUAGGUCCUAAAUGGUGAACAUAAAUUUACAUGACUAUCAGCACAAUACUAACCAAAUAAACAAUUAUCAAAACAAGGGUUGAGUAUGGAAGGUACAAAGCUAACAAUUAAAGGGCCACUAUAGGCACCCAGACCACUUCAGCUCAAUGAAGUGGUCUGGGUGCCAGGUCCCUCUAGGGUUAACCCUGCAGCUGUAAACAUAGUAAUUUCAGCUAGAUUCAGGGACAUCGGCGCUGGAUUCAGGGAAGUCACUGAAGGUGUUUUAACCCCUUUAGCGGGAUGGGAUGGGGAGUGGGAGGGAGAGGGGUACUGCAGGGUCCUGCAGUGCCAGGAAAAUGGAUAUGUUUUCCUGGCACUGGAGAGUGACUCUAAAGCUGUAGCUUGUCUUGGUAGCUGUGAGUCCUAGGAGCUAAUGUUCUGUUUGGGACCCAAGCUCUGCCUAAGGCUGUAGCUUAUCUUGGUAGCUGUGAGUUUUGGUAGCUAAUUCAGUUCUGUAUUUUCACAAAAACUUGACAAGGACGUGAGGGGACAGGCCUGGCUUUAUAUUGUCUGGCCAAGUGCAAGAUAAAAUGUGUGGCCAUUGUUUUACUGAGAGUUUGCAGAGUAUAAUUUAAUGGGUUUGAUCAUAGUGGCACAUAUCAGAUUUACAAAAUGAGAGCUUGGGGGAUGCUCCAUAGACAAAGCCAUUUUUUUUUUCUCUCAGCCAUCACUAGUGACAGCUGGUGGAAAUGCCAAAACCUGAUGGUGGUAACACUUACAUUUUGUCAAGUGCAGGAAAUAUACGCAUACAAAAGUAAUCCCUCCUUUGUCUUGGGAUAUCUUUUGACUGCUUUGGCAUUUCACUGAAAUUCCAACACAGCCAAUGUGAGUAUUUCAUAGAGAUUUUAUAAAUCCGUUAAAUAUAGAAUACAUAACAUAUCAGAGCAGUAAACGCCAAAUGCUUUCAUUUCUUUAAGGGACACUAUUGUCACUAGAACCACUACAACUUAGUGAAAUGGUUCUGAGGCAUAUAGCCUGUCACUGCAGUCUGAGCAUUGUAAAUGUUGCCUUUACUCUGUAAAGUAAUACAAUGUGAGCAGGAUAUUGCUUUGCUUGCAGAGGACUUUAGAUAGAUUGGGAGACUGGGCACUAAAAUGGCAGUCAUUUUAAUGUAGAGAAAUUACGCAGUUCAGAGUAAAGAAUGCACAAGCAACUUACACCCUAAAUGGUAGUGAAUUGGUGAAAACAACAGAGAAGGAGGAUUUGGAAAAUGUUAUAGACAACAAAUUAGGUAGCCAUAUGCAAUGUCAAUCUGUAGUUGUUAAGGCCAGUAUACCUAAGACACUAGGUUAUGCAUUUAGGCUGGAAGAAAGGAGAUUUAAUCUAGGGCAAAGAAACUUUUUUAUUUACAGUAUGAACUACAAGGAUUCACUGAAGAGGUGGUUUUAUCAGUCCAUACCAGCGGUUCCCAAACUGUGUGCCCAGUGGUGUAUUUUGCUUUGGUGUCUCCCUAGGCAUGACUAAACCUGGGCACCCCCCUAAUUUAAUUUUGCCCCAUCCAUACCGGUCAAGGCCACACCGCUUCCUGAUUAAGAACCCACCCUUUCCUCCUUGCACUCCUUUUCCUACUCCUUUUAGUUACCUAUAGUGCCCAUCUCCCUCUUGCUCUCCACCCUUACUCAGCACUGAAGGUUAAAACUCCUUCAGUCAAUUUCCUGAAUCCAGCACCGAUGUCCCUCAUCGAUGGGUCAGGCUCGUCCUCCGCGCUUGCAUUACGCUUCCCCAUAGGAAAGCAUUGUAUCAAUUCUUUCCUAAGAGGAUUUAGCAGACACUGGAUGUCCUCAAACACAGUGUUUUUGGUCACCUAACCACCCAGAAGGAGUUAACCCCCAAGGUAAUUAUUGCAGUUUCUAAGAAACUGCAAUAGCUAAAUUUGCAGGGUUAAAGGGGAGUGGGACAUUGCACCCAGACCACUUCAAUGAGCUGAAGUGGUCUGGGUGUCUAUUGUGUCCCUUUAAGCACACACUCAUUGGCAGAUACACACACACACACACACAAUGACAGACACAGACUUGCUAAUUUGACACACACACAUUCCCCAACAAAGACUGACAGAUACACACUGACAGUCGCGCACACACACUCAAUGACAAAUACAGAUUCACUAAUCUGACACACAUUCAUUUGUUGACAGACACACACACAUGCACACUGAGAGACACGAAUUGAAAGACACAAACUGAUAGUCAAACAGACUUAAUGACAGACUCUCGCUGAUUUGACAGACUCACAAACAGACACACUCAUACACACACUCACAGACACACUGACAGAUACACUCCUACAUACACUCAGUCACACACACACUUACACUCACAGAAACACACACUGCAAAAACAUAACAUAGAAGGAUAUAAUUUCAAUUUAGUGGGAUAAUAGCUGCUUGAUCCAAGGAGAUAUAUGACUGCUAUUUUGUGGUCAAGAAAUAAUUUUUUCCUAGUUUGUUGCAAAAUUGGAAGCGUUUCAGACUGGGUUUUUUCCCUUCUUUUGGAUCAACACCAAAAACACAUGUGAGGAAGACUGAACUUGAUGGACCCAAGUCUCUUUCAGCUAUGUAAGAUCAGGUUGCUGACUGUGUUUGUGUAUUUGUGUGCGUUGUUUACCCGGGGAAGAGAUGGCAGCAGGAUGUACUAUAGGAAGAAGGUAGGCCAUGCGGAGCCAGUGUUAUGUAUAGGGCAAUGACAGCCUGGAAACCUUGGAUCCUGGCAUUCAUGUGAAUGUUACUAUGCUACGUACCACUUAGCUAGAGAUUGUCGCAGAGAUUGUCGCACCCCCCAUUCAUGCCACUCUGCAAAAACUGUUCAGGAAUUGUUUGAGUAACAAUGGAAAUAGUUUAAGAUGUUGCCUUGGCUUCCAAAUAUCCAAGGACUUACUUUGAUAGAGCAUCUGUGGGACAUUAAUUGUUCUUCAGUAAACAUACAUAAAGAGAUUAAGGAAAGCAGGAAGUGUUAACAGCAUAAGUCCAUGGCAGUUUAAGGGUAUCCAGACUAUGUGUAAAUUUUGCAGCCUAACAAUGACACCUAGAAUUUUAAAGUUGAGUUGUGAUACAGGAGUUAAAGCGACAUGUGCAUCGGUUGUAUUUAUAUGUAUAAUUUUGUAUGUUCUUAUGUAUAUUGUGUAUACUUGUACAUAUACACUACUUGUGUAUGCGUACCUGUGUGUGUGUCUGUGUAUACAGUAUGUAUCAUAAAUCCAGAAUGAUGUAGUCCACGUUUAUAUGGAGAACUCUUACGAUACAAUAGGAUGGAGAAGCUCUUCACUUGAGAUUCGGUGGAGCAUAUGGGGAGAAAGAACACAAAGAAAUGCUCCACCGAAUCUCAAGUGAAGAGCUUCUCCAUCCUAUUGUAUCGUAAGAGUUCUCCAUAUAAACGUGGACUACAUCAUUCUGGAUUUAUGAUAAGUCAUUUGGACUAUUACUAUUAUCUUUACCGUUUGUUUUGAGGCGCACCCUUUUCUGUUUUGUGUUAUUUUAUGUUCAGUGAAAAAAGUAUAAUUUCUCAUAUAACAUUUCGUAUUAGUUAUUCUACUGCGCAUGUCUCUCACAUCUUCUCGAAACUAUGCAGGGUUUUUUUGUGAGUGAAAAAAGGGAGUAUGUGUGCUUGCAAGAUGGCAGACAGGGGAUAGAAUUCUUGCUUUUAACCCUUGCAGAUGGGGAAAGACCCAAGACAAGGGGGCUUUUAACCCGUUAUUUACCUUUAUCCAUGACUAUUACCCUUUUCUGGUGUCCCAGGUGAGAGUUAGGCAAGGUAUCUCCAGAUGUACUAAAUACACCUGUGGGCCUUUAUUAAUUCUUCACCUCGGGUUCCUCGCCAUUUCUCACCAUUUCUCACCAUAAGAGCCAUCAAUUGAAGCUUGCCCAGAUAUUUGUUGCUAUAGGAUGUUAUUAAAUCCACGUUUCAGUAUGCAAUACAUCAUAGGUUACUGUAUAUAUUUAUUUAUAGGUCUGUAUAUCUAGGGGAAUAUUCACUAAGCAUUGCAUAGGUAAAACAAUUUAUUCUCCAUCAGUUAUCUUGCUCAGAAAUGCCUUAGACUUGAGAAAGGGGGGUUCUGACAAAAGUUUGUCAUUAAAAAAGGUAUUGCAAGAUACGAAUUUUAUCUGUUUGUUUUUUAUAUCUACAUCACUGCACUAAUACAGCUACAAUCUCUACUUAGAUAUAUAAAUAUGUAUAUACAUAUAUUAUGUUUGCUAACUAGCGCUGGACAUUGCAACAGUUGGAUAAAACCAAAAUAAUUCACACACACACACACACACACCAGUGGAAAAGCAAAUUUGGGAGUAAAUGGGAACAAAGAUAUACCCAUUUUAUUACAGCUAUUGUAGAUUUAUGGUUUCAUGUUUAAUGAAGACAGUAGAGAUAUCACAAAAUUGUGUAAUCUAAAGGAACUCUGUAUACUGAAUCUGAGGGAGGGCGAGAAACUGAACUUUACACUGUCAGACUGAUUUUUUGACUCCCCUAAGGGAUGAAACACGUAAGGUUUGUAUUUCGACUACAUGGUGGUUUUUUUUUUAAAUGUGUUUUUAAUCUUUGUUCUAAGCACUUUUCCAAACUGUUUUUGACUUGGGAGGGGGAAAUACUUUAGAAAACCCUCAAGCAACCUCUCCAGCCUAUGUUGAUGUGCCUUUAUUUACUGCCAUUUUGUGAGGGCAAUGUUUAUUUAAUUUAAAAAAAAAAAUUAACAUCACAAUUUUUUUCACUAUGUAUCUGUUACCUUUCAUGUGACUGGGGAAUUGAGGUCCAGAAGAAAAAGGAUUUCUUACAAGUCAAUGUUGUGUUCUGACAUACAUAGAUUAGAACGAUAGAUAAAAUGUGUGUUUCUUUAAGGGUAAGUGCUAUACAAAGUAGGAACUAGCUUGAUAACUGAUAAGGACACAACUUCAGAAGAAAAGUUCAGCAUGACAGGUGUGUUUAAAUGGUUAAACACUACGGUGUCCAUUGCCAAGCAGUAUAAAGUUUGCAACAUGAUUCCUGUCUGCUUAUAUGUAUAUUAAGCUGGGAGCUUUAAAAUAUGUGUGAGCAAUAUUUUAUACAUGAAUAUAUUGUUAAAUAUAUUUUUUGAUGGUGUCGCUGUAACAGGAAAUACAAUAAAGCCAUUCUAAUUAUGUCACUGAGUUGGGUGUAAACUGACCAAACCUGAUGGGUUUGAUUGCUCUUACAAACAAGUUACUGUAUGCUUUGUGCUAUUGGCUUAGAAUGUAUGGCUUUUUGCCAGCAAGCUAUUCACGUGGAUAAGACCUUUAGCAUCCUGGAACUUAAGUACUUUAUUAUUUUCAUUUGUGCAACUUCAGAUACAUUCUGCCUCCCAUAAGAGACUAAAGCACUGCAUGCCUGCCUGUUGGCUUCUGACUUUGGUUUAUAUUUUAGUUUUUUUGUCAAACACUUUGAGCUGACAUUGUACCAAAGGGGUUUUUUUUUGCUUAAUUCCACCGUUUAUGUAUCUGUUACUCUUUGUUCUUGUGGGUGGGGGGUGGUCUGCUGUGUUAUGACCAAGAAUAUCAAACAGUUUGGGCUAUUGAGCACAAGCUGAGAUGUCGGACUCCAAGCAAUCGGACAGUUUGGUAGAGCCUGAGACCACGGAAAAUGUAUGUAUAAAUCCAUCUUUGCUAUGCAUAGAUGUACUAGAGAAUAAUUUUGUCAUUUAAAAAAAAAAAAAAGUGCUUUUGUAAUUUGUACUGUGCAUAUUGUAGUGCCUGGAAAAUUUCCAAAGGACACAUCCUUUGAUUACCUCCAUUAUUAUUCACACAUACAAGGAAGAUAUGCAUGUUUCCAGCAAAAUUGACUUAUUAGUGUUUAAUUAUUUGCCAGACACGAAUCACAAGUUUAAGGUUAAUACUUAGGAAAGAAAAAAUAAACACAGAUUAAAGACUGCAUUCAUCCUGUUGGAACCCAGAAAUCAGUGUUUUCCAAGUUCUCAGGGCAGACAAGCUGAAAACUACUAUUUUAAGAUAUUCUUUCUAAUAAACCAUUACAUGUGCACCAGUCAUACUGUAAUUUAUUUCUGAUGAGGAGAAAUAAAUGCACAAACAAAAGUAGGACAUUUCCUUAACUCGCCCAACUCCUGUCUCGUCAGUCAUCAGCGUUCAAAAAGUUAGGUUUCUGUUGAGUACUCUGCGAGUGGUCGAGUUGCAGUAAUUGUGCUGUGUUUUUUUGUUUUUUGUCUAAUGUUAAGAGUAGGUAAUGGUGAUGUAUUGGACUGUUCUGGCAUAAAAAUGGCAGCAAUAGUAUUUUCAGUAAAAAAAAAAAAAAAAUGCAUAGAAUUUAUUGGUAAAGUCCCGAGUUAUGCCUUGUAAACAUGUAUCGAAAGGGAAGUGAAUAUUUUAUUGGUAUAGUCCCAAGUUUAUAAAAUGUUUUUUCUUCUUAGGUUGCAUUACAUUAGGGUGGAGGUACAGUAUGUGUAGUAGCUAUACAGACAUUGCAGUUGGAGGGUACAGUACAUACAUAUAGCGGCAUUAGAGUAGGGUUAUCCUACCGCAUAGAUGUUGCAGCUUUUAUAUCCGGCUUUUUACCAUAAGCUUUGCAUUGGCAAAAAGACCUGGCUGUUCACCUUUGUCCCCGAUAUCUGUUGACUAAAGUGUGGGAGGAGGGCCUCCUUGGCACGAUACAGUAUCCCUGAUGAACAACUUGAGAGAGAGAUCACAUUUUUUAUAGAGUUCAUCGCUGUUUGUGAUGGCUUACUGUAUUACUUUAUGUUGUCCUUAAUUCAUUACAUUUUCCAUGACUUAUGUGGUAACCAAUGUAAAUUAAGUAUUGAUGGAUUCAUCAUCUAUGCAAUUGAAUUGUCGCUUUAAUCUUUCUGCCAUAUAUGCCGCCAUGUACGUCUGUUAUUUUCAUUUCCUGGAAAAUACAAAGAUCAGUAAACAAUGAAUACAAACAAAAAACGUGCAUAUAUUUGCUAAGGGAACAUGCUCGAACAUGGAAUUGGAAAUCUGAAAUUGUGACACCUGUCAGUGCAUAUUUGAAUAUACAGAUUUGUGGUGAUCUGAAUUCACUCCAAUUAAUAAUAUAGAAUAUUAAUUGCAAGCAUAUCAUGUUGCCCCUUCUCUCUCUACUAGUUUUAUUUGUUGCGAUUUUCAGUCCUCUUUCGAACAAAGCACUUUUAUAGGCUACAUGUGUGCAGCACUCUGACGCAUUGCCUACCAUCAAUAUACCAUUCUCACAGACACAUAUAUGCGCUGUUUGGAUUUACGAGCUCUCACUGCACGGGAGGAACACCCACAAGCCUCUUCCAUCCACACACUUUGUAUGCUGAUGUAGAAGCUCAUUUAUACACGUUGUUUGUCAGUCAUAGAGCUGGGAAUCAUAGCUGUCAGAGUUCUUGGUGGAGCACUGAGCUCACAAUUAAAGAGAUAUGCAUUACUUUGAGACAAUUGUCUCAUUCAAAAGCUUUAGCUUGGAUUGACAGUCACCUCACUUCAAGCUAAAAAAAAUAAUUAAAAAAAAGCAUAUAAACUUUUUUUUUUUGCAUUUGUUUGUUUUUCAAAUUGACUUGCUGCUUCUUACUUAUGCUUUCACACUCCAGGGUGUACGGGACACUGAUCUAACCAAUUAGUGUCCUAUGCAAGGCCAAAUUUAUGUGACCCCUCCCCCAUAAAAGGCAAAUAAAGUAUUGACUGUUGUGACGAUAAGACCUUGAUGUCUCUACUAUGAAAGGUGCAACAGUUCUGGCGCGUUGUCGUCCGUGGGUUUCCUUCACUAACCUGCACAGUUAACUAGUAUACUAAGCACUAAGACCUUGUACUUUGAGUCGUGUAUCUACUGGCAAUAGACUAUAUACUGCACUGGUAAUUUCUGUUCUUAUAAGAUAUUCUAUCUAGUCCACUGCAAAUUCUAUAUGAGUAACUAUUCAAUAGUGGAUGACAACCAGCAAUAUACCUGGAUGCUUCAAGAGACACACAAACGCCUUGUUCCAGUUCAUACACCGAAUAUAUUGAAGUUUUACAAUUAACACAUAAACAACAGUGACCAAUGUGAGACCAAGGUAAAAAUUAUAUCAAUUCGAUAAGCUUCAAACAAUAGCGAGCCAAAUUUAAAACCAGUAAUUCAAUUACAGAUACACCAGACAACAGGUAAAGGUAUUAAAAAUAUCAAACGUUAAUUAACAGAAGUCAUCGGGUACAGGUCAUUCCAGACAGAAGGGGGAAACCGUGGUUCCAAUUAAUAGACUUUACUCUGUCUCCCUCAUUAUGUACAGCGCGUGUGCCUGUACUGCACUGGGUACAUCAUCAACCAUAGUCCCUGAUUAAUUUACUCUAACAAUGUAAUUCUGUAAGAUCUGCUUUACCUUUAGAAUUAUACUUUGUACAUAAAGCAAUAGGGAACAUUGUUAUGCCCCCUGUGCAAAACAAGGGACAACAUAUCUCUGACGUGAGGACAGGCCAGUAGCAGAACUCUUGUUCUUGACACAACUAGACAUUGCACACAUUUAAAAAAUCUUUUUUUUAUUUUUUGUUUGCAACUAUGUAAAUAAAUGCAGGCUAAUCUAAUGUUGGGGUAAGGGGGGGAGGGGGGAUAUUAUUACAUACGGGUUAAUGUCAGAGUCAGAUUACAUAGGGUGGUUAGUGUUAAAAGGAUUAAAAGUUUGAGAUGGGUUGUAGUUGUGGAAUAAGGGGUGCUUAGAAUUAUUGUGUUUAAUUUAAAGGAUCACUAUAGUGUCAGGAAAACAAACCCGUUUUCCUGACACUGUCAUCCUUGGGGGACCCUCACCCUCAGGAUCCCCCUCCUGUGGCGCUGAAGGGGUUAAAACCCCUUCAGCCACUUACCUUAAUCCCUCGGCGCUUGUGACCUCUCCUUCCCCGCCAACGUCAGCUCCCGAGUGGAGCGGAAUGCGCAUUCGCGGCAAGAGCCACGCGCGCAUUCAAACAGUCCAUAGGAAAGCAGACGUUCUGCACACUGAAUGCUAAUUUCAUAUCCAGUGUUGCAGAAGCGCCUCUAGCCGCUGUCAGGAAGACAGCCACUAGAGGUUGGAUUAACCCUGCUAUGUAAACAUAGCAGUUUCUCUGAAACUGCUAUGUUUACUUGUGAAGGGUUAAAACCUGAGGGACCUGGCACCCAGACCACUUCAUUAAGCUGAAUUGGUUUGGGUGACUAUAGUGUCCCUUUAAGAAUGGGGUUAUAUUUAGUAAUAUGGGCACAUUGUGAGAUUAAUGUUGAUACCAAUGCUGUCAUGGUCUGGGGACUUUGCAAAAUUUGCAAAGACCCCUAAUGGUAACAUCGCCAUCCACUGGGGGGUCUGGUGGGUAGGGAAAUGGAAAUGUGAGUUUUAAUUAGCUGAACCUGUCUUUUGUGUGAGCCAACAUGCUCUUCUUGCCAGACCUCUUCUGCUUCUGCUAGAGCAGGGGUUCUCAACCCAGUCCUCAGGACCCCCUACCAGUCCAGGAUUUGGGGAUUACCUGGAUGUGUCUCAGGUGUUUAGAAAAAGUGAAAAAAACACCUUAGACUCUAAGGUGUUCUUUUUUUCUAAACACCUUAGACACACCCAGGUAAUCCCUAAACCCUGGACUGGUAGGGGGUCCUGAGGACUAACGUUGAGAACCCCUGUGCUAGAGAAUAAGCAUUGAGGUCUAUGGAGAAUCAUGAGAGACCGCGGGAUCCUCCAUAGAUGGAGCUAAUUUUUCUGCAGCCGUCACUGGUGAUGGCUGGGGGAAAUUACAUGGUUUGAUGGCGGUAGCUCCAACCACUGACAGGCAGAGGAAAAAUAUUAUACAAAGUAGUCCCUAAUUUGUCUCUGUAUAUCUUUUGACUUGGUUGGAAUUUCAGUAUGACCAUUUUGUAAAGACUCUCUUAACAGUGUUUGUAUCUGUGUAUUAGUGUGUGUAUAUCUGCAUUUUAUAUUGCCCAUCCGAGAUGAGGUGGAUGUUCCUGACCUAUGGCUGCACCUCUCAUAUGCUCAUCAGUACUGGGUUAAGGUGAGUCACUGUGUCGUUCUUCUCAAUACAGGUUGACUGCGAUGAGCAUGACCACACUGAGAUAGAUAACUCCAAUAUGAAGGGUUAAUUGCUGGUUGCCACCAAAUUGGGUUUCUUGUAUAUCCCUGGUGUAUUUACAAGCAUGCGUCUCACUAUAGUCUAUGUGAACCACUACAUCACAUAGGUCUCUAUGUCUUUCAAAAUACUGCUUGAUGUUUUGAAUAUGUCUGGAGAAGUUUGAGGUGAUCCUAUUUGAAAUCCUCCAGCUUUUCAAAGGUAGUAUGCCUCUUCUUAAGAAACUCAUUCCUCCCUUCUUUCUCUAAAGUGGACCAAUCUUUAAAUUUCUUUAAUCACAUAUGAUGUUUCCUUCGGCUGAAGGAUCCAAAAGUGUGUUGAAUGUCUUAUCCCUGCAAUAUCUAUAUGUUCUGUACAUGCAGGGCAUGUCAUUGUCACAACAGCAUGCAGAUCUACAACUUCUGGCUUGAAUACGGGGGGGGGGGUUACUUCUAGUUGUCCUGUAGUAUUUUGCUGUAAAUGCAGAAUGUUUAUGAUUUAACUUUUUUCAAGUUAAAUACAAUACUUUAUUAACAAAUAUUUAUUUUACAAUAAGCAAAUAUUUUCAAUUGUUAAAGUUUCACUGAAAUAAGAAGAGAAUGCUGAUGUUAAUGUGGUAAUUCAAUAUUUUCUCUUCAUAUUCAAACUUCUCAUAUAAAAAUAAACCACUUGCUUUUAUUUGCCUAUUUACAAUUACUUUUUGACAACAGCUUUGUGGCAAACGGUAUAUCAAGUAGAGGAAAUAUUUAUAAUCCAAGUGCUAUGAGAAUAUUUCUUGUAUCUUCAUACUAAGGCAGAUUUUAAAUACUGUUUAUUUUAUAAAACAGGGCUAAAAGAACUGCAGCCAUUGGACUAUCAUUCCCAUCAUACAGCAACCAACCACACAACUAGAGAUGAUGGGAAAUCUAGUCUGAUAAGGCUAGAAGAGAUAUAGCUUGCCCUAUUCAGUUCAUAAAUGGUACGUGAUGUUCUUAAUGUAACCCUUUGGGUUCUCGAGGAGAGCACACCUUCUAAUACCCUGGUGGUCCUGAAAGGGUUAAAUACAGUAGACAAGAUUGCAUACUGCCUAAAUGAAUCAUGGAAUACAAGGCUGUAUAUACUGGGACUGGCACUAUUCGAAACACAGUCUAAAGCACCCACUUUUGAGAAAAAUUAAUUGCAUAAACAUCUUUGCGCAUCACUGUUCCAUAUUUUAAAACAUGGGAAUCGGGGGGCGUGGCUAACCGCCGAGCAAGAUGGACGCCUGAGAUUUUGCUCCGGCACGAGGGCUCCUCUUCCAAGAAUCUUUACACUGAGCUGAAAACCUGACAUCCACCAAACUCCCCAUGGCAACCUCUAAAACUAAAAAGGCUACCUCUAAGGCCGAAAAAAUGAACUUUUUCGGCCACAAAUCCUCCUCUGCUGUGGACCCGCCACGAGCAGCCGGACAAGAGGGCGCAGACGAAACGGCUCCCAGCCUCUCCCCAGCGCCAUCGGAAGACUCUACGCCAGUGGAAUGUCUAACACGAAGCCACUUUGAACAGGCAAUGGAGAUCAUGGCAGAAAAGUUAAUCGCCACCUGGCAAACGACCGCCGACCAAAUCAAGAGGGAGGUGAGAGAUCUCUCAGCGAGAACAACUAAUAUGGAACGGCGCCACCAGGAGAUGGAGACUGUACAAACCGCCACUUCAGAGCAACUACAGGCGAUACAACAUAAGCUGACAGUCAUGGAAGAACGCAUGGCGGACCAUGAGGACCGUGCCCGAAGAAACAAUCUGCGACUCCGCGGAGUCCCGGAGACAGUCCUGCCAGACGACCUGCAAGCCUAUGCAAGAGGCCUAAUGAGAGCUUAUGCUCCUGACAUCCCCGCAGACAUGCUCCUGGUGGACAGGAUACAUAGGGUGUCAAAACCCAAAAACCUGCCAGACUCCAUACCACGCGACGUAUUGCUUAGGGCCCACUACUUCCACAUCAAGGAGCUGGUCCUCCGCUCUCACCGGAACAGAGGGGGCCCCCAUGAUGACUUCCCAUCGGUGCGCAUUAUGGCGGACCUGUCGCCAGCUACACUCCGCCGCAGAAGGGAUUACAAUCAGACUACCACGGCACUCCGCAACCAUGGGAUUCGAUAUCGGUGGGGGUUUCCCACGAAACUAAUACUCACCAAAAGCGGGAAGACGUCCAUCAUAUCAUCCCCAGAAGAAGGAUUACAGCUUAUCGAGACAUGGGGCCUACUAAAAGAACCGCCGGGAGAACCGCGGCAUGACAAACGCCGCCCAGGCCGCAAUGCAGCCAUGGACUGACCCACUAACUUGCAAAAGCAAAAUGCACCUGACGCAAGUAUCAUUUAAUGCUUACCUAUGCUUACCUAUCUCUGACACUCAAUGCGCUUCCGUAGGUAGCUGUCAGCUACCUUGCGCUGUAUCUGAGCUCUAUUCACCCCGUCCGCUCCCCAUAUCCCAGCGCCCGUAGUGUCCCAGACCAAGUGGAAAUGCACACCCCAGGAGGUCCCUGAGAUAGGAGGGAGGCUAGCGGCAGUGAGCCCGAAGAAUACUUACCCGCAUACCCCUCCGCUCCCAUCACCAAGCACCGCCAGCCUAUAUACAAAAUAACCGAGGUAUUGUGAGCGCACACCUUAUAGUGUAAACUCUACUAGUGAGCCUAAAUGCCAUACCUUGCUAGCCACCUCUUCCCCCCCCAAGGUUCAGGCAUGCCAUGUCCAUGCCCACGUGCAAUGCUCCCCUCCCUCCCUAUGCCAUCUAGCUGGGAGCCCAGCUCUCUAUUGCAAUAUAAACACAACAUAAACUGUGCAGGUAUGCUCAACAAGGGUAUAAAGUAACCUCCGAUGUUAUAACGUGCUCUAUGAAGUUCAAAAAAACAAAACAAAAAAAAAACUUUUUUCUGCAUCAUUCAUAUGCCUCCCGACAACCAGUGGAGGCAUGCAAGCCCAAAACAAUUAACACUCUCACAAGACCUUGUAAGGCACGAUAGAACUGAAUGACUAGCACUAGCCGCAUAGCGGACCCCAUGCUUCAUGACACCGCUAGUUUACAAGCCACCCCCCCAAUGCCUACAAGCAUGCUUCAGGCUAUACCACAGAGGCCAACUUGUACAUAGACAUGUAGCCUCUUAUCACCCCUCCGAAGCGGACGCCUAGAGCCACCCUGACACACUAGACUAACUCCUAAUUGGACCAGAGAGCCUAUAUGGCAUGCCAACCACCUCCUCCUCCCUUCCUCCCUGCGGGCUGAGAACGCCCAACACAAUAUUCACCUGGGACAGCGACAAUAUACAACAUUAAAAUAGCCCCACCUGGGAGAAUGUAAGCUCUGCCCCCGAGCAGAUAACCCGAUUAUGGGGACGCUCACAUAAUUCGGAGGGAGUCACUCACUCCACAAUACACAGAGUCUCAGAGUACUUAAAUCCCACAGCGCCAGGUCAAGCAAUGAUUAUUGUAUGUCUUCUGCAACCAAAGUUAUUGUUAAUUGUUAAUGUUUUGCUAUACUGUUUGUAAGCCUCACUUAUGUGUUUUCAGCUCAACUUUAUUAAAAAUUACCUAGGAGCCCGCUUAGCCACGUAUCCGGAAGCUCUAGCUCCUAUCCCCCAGGUACACAUAGAGUACCAGACCAAUAGGUCCUGUACAUAACCCCCUCCUACACAUUACUUCCCCACACUCCCGCAACCUACCCACCCCCACCAACACUUAUCAACGCAGAGAAUCAAACACCAACUAACCCGGAUUGCACAUAUUCCAGACAAAUUCUUCAAGCCUCAUAACACACAAUAACGACCAUGCUAAUCUACUCGCAUAACACCAAAGGCCUGAACACGCCACACAAACGACGCAUGCUCCUCAAUGACAUCAAACAAACCAAGGCGGACAUAGUCUGCAUACAAGAAACGCACUUCGUCUCCACUAAAGUCCCAACCUUCGCCCUCAGGGAAUACCCCACGCAACACCACGCCACCCACACCUCCAAAUCCAGAGGUGUAUCCAUCCUGCUACAUAACUCUCUAACUGUAGAAACUCUCAGGGUCAAAAAAGACAACCAGGGACGGUACAUAAUUCUACACUGUAGAAUAAAUGAGCACCCAUAUGUCAUAGUAUGCCUCUAUAGCCCUAACGAACAACAACGCAACUUCCUACACAAAAUUCUCGCCAAGCUACCUGAAGGUGUGAAUGACCCCAAGAUCAUAUGUGGCGACUACAACCACAUUAUGGACACGCAUAUGGAUUCAACCAUUCCAAACACAUCGACAAGGCACCACACUCUCAGGCCCCAAACCAAGGCUUUCACCAAGCUCAUCCACGAAAAUAGCUUAUACGAUGUUUGGAGAACAAAACACCCCUCAGAAAAAGAAUACACGUUCUUCUCACAAGUACAUAAAACCUUCUCCAGAAUAGACCACAUCCUUGCCUCAGGCACGUUACUCCCACACAUAGAAAACUGCUCCAUCGGCAAUAUAGUAUGGUCUGACCAUGCCCCGAUAACAAUGACCUUACAUUCAGCCUAUCAACACCGAGGUAAGCCGCCAUGGCGCCUCAACGAUUCAUUGCUAUAUGACCAAACAUUCACAGCGCUACUGGCAACAAACUUAAAAGAAUUUUUCAAGACGAAUGAUACCCCAGAUGUCUCCAUAUUCUCAAUAUGGCAAGCCCAUAAAACGGUGAUGAGAGGCUUACUAAUCAGCCGCGCAUCCCACCUGAAACGUAAACGAGAAAAACACCACACAGACCUCCUGCGUAAACUGAGAGAUACCACUGCGGCUCACCUUCUAACCCCCUCCACAGCCCACGCUGAGGAAAUCAAAGAAAUCACCAAGCAACUUCACACACUAUCUCUGGAAAAAACGUCCCACAUCCUUGCCAAACUGAAAUUGAGAACAUACACCCAAGGCAACAGAGCUGGGAAACAUCUGGCCACUAUGCUUAAAAAGCAGCAAUCUAACUCUAAAAUCCCACACUUGCUUACCGCCAAGGGCGACAAAAUAUACAACCCGCAAGACAUCAACGACAACAUGGCUGACUAUUACCACUCCCUAUAUAACCUCUGCACGGAUCCCACUCUACACCAACCAAACACAAUAGAAAUCGAAGAAUUUCUUGCGAAGAUUCAGCUUCCCACUCUUAAUGACACACAAAAGAAUGCCAUACAACUUCAGGUCACCACACAAGAAAUACUAGACACCAUUAGCUCCUUACCCCCCGGGAAAUCACCAGGCCCUGACGGCAUGACCAAUGCCUACUAUAAGCAAUUCGCGCCACUCCUGGCCCCCUACCUACAAAGGGUAUACCACCACAUCACACUGACAGGCCAACUGCCAAAAGAGAUGCUAAUGGCCCACGUAGCCACCCUCCCUAAGCCGGGAAAACCCCCUAAUAGAUGCCAAAACCUCCGUCCUAUCUCCCUGUUAAACACGGACGUAAAAAUCAUAGCGAAAAUCUUCUCCAACAGGUUAGCACAUAUCAUACCCUCUCUAAUACAGGAAGAUCAGGUGGGAUUCGUGAGUGGUAGACAAGGGACUGACGGCACAAGGAAAACACUAGACCUACUUUACGAGAUCCAACAGAAUAAAACCCCUAGCGUCCUAUUAUCAUUAGACGCUGAAAAAGCCUUUGACAGGCUACACUGGCCCUUCCUAAUGGCAGUACUCCGAAAAUUCGAUUUUCCCCCUCAAUUUUUAGCGCUUGUCACGGCACUUUACUCCUCACCGACGGCCAAGGUAGUGAACGGGGGAUUCAUAUCGAAACCAUUCCACAUCUCCAAUGGCUCCAGACAGGGCUGCCCCCUUUCCCCCCUCCUCUACAUCCUGACACUAGAACCCCUUACCCAACUGAUCAGAGACAACCCCAAUAUACACGGGAUCAAAAUCAACAACCGAGAAUAUAAACUAUCUCUAUUUGCGGAUGAUAUCCUUCUCACCUUAGAACAACCGCACAUAUCCCUGCCCAAUUUCCACAAAAUCCUCUCCCAAUUCAGCGCCUGCUCUUACUACAAAUUGAACAUCUCAAAAACACUCGCCCUAGGCGUCAACAUCCCAAAUCAAGAACUAUUGCUCCUCAAAACUAAUUUCAACUAUGACUGGAGGCGAGACCAUAUCAAAUUCUUAGGCAUCCUCUUCACACCGUCCACGAACUCCCCAUAUAAAGCCAACUAUAUCAAACUCCUCACAGAAAUUCGAACUCUGCUGCACAGCUGGAGGGGCAAGUACAUAUCCUGGACGGGCCGAAUAGCUUCCGUAAAAAUGGUGAUCCUACCUAAAAUCCAGCAGUAAAGUAUAGAAGAAUUAAGGUUAAAAAUAGUCCAGAAAUUAGGUGCUCCAAUCACCAAUGUGAGUCACUUAACACAAAACAAAAUAAAACAGUAUACAAAAUUGUGAAUGGUGAGAGCACACUGUAUAUCUUUACCCUUGUAUUACUUAAAACUCCAUAGGAAUCUAAAAGCAAGAGAAAAGAACAUAUAGGGUAAUAACGAAGCAACUGUAAUGCUUAAAAUACCAUAAUAUGGUCAAACUCACAUGGUCAUGAGCCACUUAAAAAAGCUGGCUCAGACUAACAGCAUAUCAGCAUAUGUACAAGAGAACUCCAAGCUCAAUUCACUUUGUGGUCCUUAGUUCAAGCUGUUUCAAUCAAAUCUGGAUGCAAGAAAUGAUUGUAACGGACCGUUUCUCUCACAAGGGGAUAAAAUCCGUUUAGGCGAUAAUCCCCUUUCCCAUAGACCAGCAGCUACUGCAAUCACCAACCUCCCGAACUCCAAACUGUACGAAUACCCAACUCACGAACAAGAAAUACACGAACUCUGGAAGCAGCCGAACAGGAAAAGCAAUACGAACAGCUUACACUCCUGGCAGUCAGCACACAAUCCAAUUCCCCCAAUAACAAGACGACACUUCGUUUUGAGGGUUAAGCAGAAUCUACCAGAUUUAUUCACACAGCCUCCUUUUAAGACAUUCUCCCAUGCAAGGGAGGGAUCCACAACAAUUAGUACCCCAGCCAAUAAUGUACCAGUUACCUCCCACACCUCUCCUCCCCUUAGUGUGACACAUAAUCCCAUUAGUACAGACACAAAUUCCCUGGGAUACUGGAUGUACCCCUAAACAUAGGAAUACCCCUUUAAAUGUUACAUCCCCUGGUAACCCUGAUCUGGGUGAGACACAUAUCCAAAAAUCACCCAGAUCGGACCAGGGGUUCAAGAAUUAUAAAGGGUUAAAGUUUUGACCGACUGCAUGGCAAAAGUAUCCGAAAAUAGUUCCAUGUACUUUGGCCCUGCAGUCGGUCACAGAAAAGGGAAUGAAUCACACGAAUUGCCUGGGUUAUAGAGCUUGGGGAGGAUUCGUAUGAAUCCCCCUGUUCGUGGGAUCCUUUCUACCGAACGGCGGGCCGUUCGGUAGUUCCUGCACGAAUUGCUGGAAGUCUGGAGGUCUCAGCGGUGUUUGCUUAGUCAAGUGUCCGAUUUUAGUUCCAGACACUCGACGGCAAAACACCGCUGUUCGGGAGUUUAAGAUGGCCGCCGCCACGUGUUCGUUUCCCGAAUGGCGGCCACCCAGAGGACACACCACACAUUACACAUAUUGCCAAUUACCCAUUUGCAACAUUGUUGCAAACGGUAAUUGGAGGCACACUUACUCCCGGGUGGUCUGGUUGUUCGGUAGUUUCACCCAAUAUAAUGAAUGAAGUGAUUCUACCGAACAAUCAGGGGAAUGCUGCAUUCACCUAACACUUUAUACCGAACAUAUAAUAUUAAAUACAGCCUGAAUGCAAUUUGCUACACAGUCUUAAAAAGGCAUUAUUCCUAACAGGCAGAAUAUGUUCACGGAGGGCCCUUAAAGGGCCAGUAGCAGCAAUAUAAGAAUGUCACAUGCCCAAAUAUUGCAUACAAAAGUACGAAUUCACAAGGGGGCCAUAGUCAGAUGGCAGGAGGCUGGCAACCAGGCUUCUCCAGUGCAUAGUGGCGAGGUUGGUUUCGCCACAAUGAUGAAGUGCAAAAAACUUUUAUUCCACAUAUAUUAAAAAGCUGGAUACAAACAAACACUGUUGUUUUAAAAAAGUCCUCUUAAAAAUAAACUUGACGCGUUUUGGCAUAUAGCCUUUUUCAAAAGUCCAUCUUUCUUCUUUCUGUCUGGUUUAAAUACCUACUUAAAUAAUUUUAAGUAAGGGUUUUAAAUUUGCACCGAGUUGUGCAGCUGAUAAAUUUGGAACAUUUAUUGACCUUAAUAGAUUCACAAGAAAAUUAUGUCUAAAAAAUUUUUUUAAGACUAUGCCCCUGAAAUCUGUUGAAAAAGUAGAUGAUGGUUUUAAACAUACAUUUUUGAAAAAUAAAUCAUCAUUUUAUCCUUUUAAUUUUAAGACGGAUUCGAUUAAGACAUUUGAGAGAUCUUGUUUGAAAGAUAUAAAGAAAAUUAAACCCCUAAAUAAAUAUCAAAAUAAUCUUAUGAAAGAAGAAAGAGAGGCGUUAAAAGACUUACAAAAAGACGUAAAUAUAGUGAUUAAGCCUGCGGAUAAAGGGGGAGGAGUAAUUAUUUGGAAAAAGGAGAAAUACAUGGAAGAGAUUUAUAGACAAUUAGAAGACUCUAAUACGUAUCAAGAACUCCAAGAUAAUCCACUUAACAAAAUUGUAGAACUAUAUCAGACUUUUUUAAAUAAAGGACUGGAAAAAGGUAUUCUAAAUAAAAAGAAUUUGAGUUUUUAAACGUUAAGUUCCCAAAAAUUCCUGUCUUUUAUGUGCUUCCAAAAGUACAUAAAAAUGCAGAUAAUCCACCAGGGAGACCCAUAGUCUCAGGCAUAGGAUCCCUUUUAGCCCCACUCUCAAAAUAUAUUGACCAGUUUUUACAAGAUCCUGUUAAGAAAUGUAGAGCGUAUCUUAAAGACACAAUGAGUCUUUUAAAUAUUCUAAAUGAUUUUAAGUGGGAAGAUAACUACAUUUUGGCAACUGCAGAUGUGAACAGCCUUUACACCAAUAUUGAUCACAGUAGGGGUUGUGAGGCUGCAGCUCAUUUUUUAAGAAAAUUUAGUGAGCUGUCAGACAUCCAAAUCAACUUUAUUAUAGAAGGAAUAGAGAUAAUACUUAAUAAUAAUUUUUUUUUGGUUUAAUAAAAAAUUUUAUCUGCAGAUUAAAGGUACAGCUAUGGGGACCAGAUUUGCCCCAAGCUAUGCUAAUCUUUUCAUGUCAUAUUGGGAAGACUGUUUUAUCUACAAUGAUGAAAAAAUUGGGGCAAAUCUGGUCCUCUAUAAGCGCUAUAUAGAUGUGUUUUUAAUAUGGAAAGGGAGUGAGGAAACACUUCAAACACUUUUUAACAACUUAAAUAAUAAUAAGUGGAAUAUUACCCUUACAUAUGAUAUUAGCCGGCAAACCAUUAAUUUUUUUAGAUUUAACUAUUUUUAUUGAAGAACAAAAGAUUAAAAGUAAAACCUAUUUUAAGUCGGUUGACGUUAAUAGUUUUAUUGAUUGUAAAAGUUGCCAUUUUAGACCAUGGCUGGAAAAUAUCCCAAAAGGACAAAUGUUACGGAUCAAAAGGAACUGUACUGAAAAUAAAGAGUUUGUACAGCAAACAGAAAGAUUAAUGGGACAGUUUGAGGAAAAAGGUUAUAAUAGUAAUACCCUGGAAAAAACUUUUAGAGAGAUUGAAAAAAUUGAUAGACAAGCACUUUUACAAUAUAAAAAUAAAAAUAAACCUUUAGGUCAAAGAGAGGAUGAGGAAGUACCUCUUAUCUUUGAUUUUAGCUCCAAUAAUAAGGACCUGAGGAAAAUAAUUUAUAAAAACUGGCAUAUUUUAAAAACAAAUGAUAGGUUAACAAGUUUUAUAAAGGAUAAACCAAAAAUUAUUUUUAGAGGGGCGAGGAAUCUUAAACAAGCUUUAACUAAAAGUUUUUUAGAUAUUGAUAAGAAGGAUAAUUUUUUAAAACAACCAAAUGGAUUUUAUUAUUGUGGAGACUGUAGGGGCUGUAAAGCAACCAAAAAUAGGCCUUCCAAAAAAAUCCAGAAUUUUUCGUCCAAAACUUCAAUAAAAAAGUAUGAUAUUAAAUCCUUUAUAACAUGUAAUAGUAAAGGGGUGAUAUACAUGUUAACCUGUCCAUGUGGUUUACAGUACAUAGGGAGGACCUCUCGUAGUCUCAAAAUCAGAAUUAGGGAACACCUCUAUAAUAUUAAUCGCAAAUUUGAAAUUCAUAGUGUGUCUAAACACUUUAUGGAGUAUCAUAAUAGUGAUCCAAAAUACUUAGAUUUUGUAGGAAUUGAAAAAGUAGAUAUACAUUGGAGAGGGGGAGAUAAAGAAAAUUUAUUAAAUAGGACGGAAAUGAAGUGGAUCUUUAAUAUGGACACUCUAAUACCACAAGGUCUAAAUGUGGACUUUGAGAUCACCCCAUAUUUAUAAAGUUAAUCAAAUUUUAGUUUUAUUUUAAUCAUUUUUUAUACCAAAAAAUUUUUUAGGAAUUUUUUAAAUAAUUUUUUACAAAUAAUUUAUUUAUAGAUUCUUAAUUAGUAUAUAUAGGUAAUUUACGGUACUAAAAGGGUAUUUAUAUAUACUUGGAAGAUUUCCAAAUCUGCAUACAUUAUGUAUGCAAUUGGGUUGAUCUUAAUCUCCUUUCUACAUAUAUUUAGAUAUAUGUUUUUAAAUAUCAAUGUAUUGUUAAUUUAAAUUUAUAUUUAUAUGUAUUUCUUUCCCCUUUCCCCCCUUUUUCACUCUGUAGUAUAUUUGAUAUAUGUAAAUGUGUAUCUAUUAUAUCAUAUGGUGUGCACUGUAAUUUUAAUUUAAAUUAUGGCUUUUGCCCUCUCUGGACGUCUAAGAGACCCAUUUUUAAAGAGGGAAAAUUGAUUUAGAACUUAUUGCCCCGCCCCUGACGUAAACGCCACGACGGCAAUGCGAUGUGGACGUUAUGACGUCAUACGUGGGGGACGUUACGUUUGUGAGUGGCGCCGGAAGUAGAGGAGGAUGCGGCCAGACGCCAAAUAAUGGCGUGGAUGCGGCCGAAUACCGGAAACCGGAAGAGGAAGUGAAUCCCAGCCGGCAGAAAGAGCGCCAAAAAAGAAGUAUUUAAACCAGACAGAAAGAAGAAAGAUGGACUUUUGAAAAAGGCUAUAUGCCGAAACGCGUCAAGUUUAUUUUUAAGAGGACUUUUUUAAAACAACAGUGUUUGUUUGUAUCCAGCUUUUUAAUAUAUGUGGAAUAAAAGUUUUUUGCACUUCAUCAUUUCUUGCAUCCAGAUUUGAUUGAAACAGCUUGAACUAAGGACCACAAAGUGAAUUGAGCUUGGAGUUCUCUUGUACAUAUGCUGAUAUGCUGCUACCUAAAAUCCAGUAUAUGUUCCGCACGCUCCCACUUAAGCUUCCCAACAAGUACUUAAAGGACCUGCAAAGUUCAAUAAAUGACUAUGUAUGGGACUACAAAAAACCAAGAGUAACCCUAAACACGAUGGUCGCUUCACGAGCCCAAGGAGGGAUGGGCCUACCAGAUGUGAAAGGAUACUAUAGAGCUGCGCAGAUUGCUCCACUUAUUGCAGCCUCCCACCGCUCGACUCCCAUGACAUGGGUCGAAUUGGAGAAACGUAAAGCCGAAGGCAUCUCACUCCCCGCUGUGGCAUGGAUGCCGCCGAAACACAGACCCAAAGCGCCAGAAAUGCUGCCGACAACCACACUUACUCUCUCUGUGUGGGACGACUACCGCAAAAAAAAGGGGAAAAUGUCACCCAUCUCACCAGCAACCCCAAUAGAAUCGAUCCAGCACAUUAUCCCAAACUUCAACCACAAACUAUGGCACAGACAUGGCAUCCACACACUGUCGCAAGUGUUGCAGGGUACCAAACUCAAGCAAUUCAAAGAUAUAUGUGAAGAAUUCCGAAUCCCAACGACAGCGACCUUCUCCUACAACCAGCUACAAUCAUGGAUAAACCUACAGAAAUCGCAACAAACAGUGCGCUCACCUGAUCCACACUGGCUCAAGCUGACAGAGAUAUGCACCAAGACGAAACCGGCAACAAAAAUUAUCUCAACAAUUUACACAUCUGAAAAAACAGACACCCAAGGCAAAAUACCCUCCUAUAGGAUAGCAUGGGAAAAAGACAUAGGGCAUGAACUCACAGAUGAACAAUGGCAAUAUAUAUUCCACGCCAACAACAAGCUAUCCCUCUGCACAUCCCACACAGAACUCUCCCGCAAAUUGAUGUACCGGUGGUAUCUUGUACCAACGAGACUUAAACACAGCUACCCGAAUGUGCCAGACACAUGCUGGCGCUGCCAGCGAGACCGGGGCACCCUGCUGCACAUAUGGUGGCAAUGCCCACUACUGAAACAGUUUUGGUCACAAGUCCUAAAUCUAACGACCCGCUGCACCCAACUGCAAAUUACUUUGAUACCUGAACUGUUUCUACUAUUACUACUCCCCCAAACACCUCACAUUCACACCAGGUACUUGCUAUACCACAUCUGCAUAGCAGCUCUCACCGUUGUAAGCAGGAAAUGGAAACAACUCACUGCCCCCACGAUCAGCCAGUGCAUUACAGCUAUAGAAACUUCCAGAUCUUACGAAAUGGCAGCGAGAAAAUCAGCACAAAACAAAUCUUACUGGACUGAGGCUUGGGACAUAUGGGACAGAAACAAACCACGCUGAAAUGCAAAACAAAGCACUACCAGAAUCGAGAGACACAACUCCUUCCUCUGGAGGCACUGAAGAAGCCACCCCAGCCCACGUCCAAGCACCCAUUCCUUAACCACAACACAAUCCAUGCACACCACACAUCAACUUCAGACAUUCACUCCCCACCCUACCCCUCGCCAUUCCCCCUCCCCCCCUCCCUUAACCAAAGACUACCAACCAUGCCAACAAUACAGAUCGGCACCCCCAAACCACAUCGAACACGAUACAAGCAAAAGAGACCCAUGACCGCACGUUAAGGUUCAGAGGCUGUGGUACUAUACAUGUUCAUAUUUUGUAUUUUGUACAUUGUACUGUCUAACAUCCUCAUGGUGCCCGUGAUGAUCACAUACUGCAACUGUGAUAACAUGUGUGAUGCAUUCGAUACCCCACCUAACCCCCUCUGCUUCUGUACCCUUCCCAUGACCCCUUAUUGCAAAAUAAAAAUUGUCAAAUUCAAAAAAACAUGGGAAUCAAAUUAGGAUUUACACUUGACAAACUGUAACACAAAAACAGAGACACUGAACAUCAAUGCAUGUGUUCUCCUAAUAAACCAAUCGUCCGGAAGGCUGCCUGCAGCUUUCCACAAACCAGCGUGCCCCCACCCUCAGGGACCCCCUCCCGCCCGGCUCUGGAAAGGGGAAAGGGGUUUAAACUUACCUUUUUCCAGCGCUGGGCGGGGAGCUCUCCUCCUCCGAUCCUCCUUCUCUCCUCCCCGUCGGCUGAAUGCGCACGCGCGGCAAGAGCUGCGCGCGCAUUCAGCCGGUCACAUAGGAAAGCAUUCAUAAUGCUUUCCUAUGAACGCUGGCGUGCUCUCACUGUGAAAAUCACAGUGAGAAGCACGCAAGCGCCUCUAGUGGCUGUCAAUGAGACAGCCACUAGAGGAAAUAGGGGAAGGCUUAACCCAUUGAUAAACAUAGCAGUUUCUCUGAAACUAUGUUUAUGAAAAAAUGGGUUAACCCUAGCUGGACCUGGCACCCAGACCACUUCAUUAAGCUGAAGUGGUCUGGGUGCCUAUAAUGGUCCUUUAAGGGGUUAAAUAGGUAUGUUUUCCCAGUGAAAACCUUUGAUAAAGAGAAUAUAUAUAUAUAUAUAUUCACAGUAGUGUCAAGAAUACAAACCUUUGUUCCUAAACCAGUAGUACUCAAAUGCAGUAUUAGGUCCCUGGCCCCCCUCUCUCCGGCAGUCACAGAUACUUUUACUCCCCUUUUCUCCCACACUGUGACGGUCUCGCUGCGUCUGGCCUCACCUCCAUGGCUGAGAUCAUUAAUUUUUAUGAAAGCAUGGGGAGGCUAUUGCACUUGCGCAGCAAAAAGCCACACUGCACCGGUCAGCAUUUCCUCAAAGAGAUGCAUUGAAUCAAUGCAUCUCUGUAGGGAACAUUCAGCAUCUCCAUGCAGAUUGUGGGGUUGGGGCCGCCGCCAUGAAACCCAGGCAGCACUGGAAGAAAGUUGAGUAAACUCACUAUUACUUUACUGACAUGUGUGUAUUCCUGACGCUUUAGUGUUUCUUUAAAUUAUAAAAUAACAUGCAUUCAGCAAAAAAUGAGUUUAUGUUGCAUUAUUUAAAAUAUUUUUUUUCUCUGUUUUAAAUUUAUAUUUCUACUUGCAGGGUAAAGCCGAAGUCAGCAUGGCGUCACAUCUUAAGUAUAUCUCUCUGGGGAUUCUGGUGAUCCAGACUACUAGUUUAGUAUUGACAAUGCGCUACUCUCGAACGCUGAAGGAAGAGGGUCCUCGAUACUUGUCGUCCACUGCUGUGGUGGCUGCAGAGGUCCUAAAAAUUGUGGCGUGUAUAUUCUUGGUGUAUAAAGAUAACAGUAAGUAGAGAAAUGCAUAGAACCCUGCUUUUAAGAUUUAUUUAUUUUAAGUGUGUUCCAGUUAUGUGCACAUUUUGUAUGUAGCUCAAUCCACUGAAAAAAUAACAUUAUUUGGUUUUGAAGUCAUCUCUGUUGGAUCGCUUGAGCCAAGCCUUGUAGGGCAAGACUUGGCUCACUGGCUGACUGCAUCAACUGAUUAACCUCCUCAUUUUAAAACAAACUCCUCAAAAUGUCUCUGAACUGAUAUUCUUCCAUUAUGCCCCAUGCAGUCAUUGUCAACCAAAACCUUAGCCUUACUGAUGUGACUGUUACACUUGCAGUGAAGCUGGCACUAGGGAAAGGAAUUGGUGGGCAAUGGGAAUGGGUGUUCCGUUAGUGUAACACUGGCAAAUCCUGGUUAACCCCUUAAGGACACAUGACGUGUGACAUGUCAUGAUUCCCUUUUAUUCCAGAAGUUUGGUCCUUAAGGGGUUAAUGGCUGAGUUUCUAGACAUGCGAUAAUUGCUCAGUUAACAUCUACCUUUAGAUGUUCUCUGUUAAAUCCACUAGAAAUUGCUAAAUAUGUGUAAGGUGUGUACAAAUUGGCAAGGGAAGGACAUCUGAAUAGACAACAAAAAAGACCUUGUCCAUUCUCCGCACUCUCUUACACUUUGUUUUUUUUUUCUCUUGCCAAAAACAAGGGUAAUCCAGACGUGAACCCCAUGCUCACGGUGUCUGGAGGGGUAUUUUCCAUCACUCACCGACAACGCCUAACAAGGUUGAAACAAAUCCCUGGGGUUGCUGUAUCUUUUGCGCAGAGAGAGACAGCGUGCGCAUUCAGCCUGUCUCAUAGGAAAGCAUUCAUAAUGCUUUCCUAUGGACGCUGGCGUCUUCUCACUGUGAUUUUCACAGUGAGAAGCACACAAACGCCUCUAGCGGCUGUCAAUGAGACAGCCACUAGAGGCUUUAGAGGCUGGAUUAACCCAUUUAUAAACAUAGCAGUUUCUCUGAAACUAUGUUUAUAUAUAAAUUAAAAAAAAGGGGGGGGGGGGUUAAUCCUAGAGGGACCUGGCACCCAGACCACUUCAUUAAGCUGAAGUGGUCUGGGUGCCUAGAGUGGUCCUUUAAGAUGAUGCCUGUUCUUGGUAUUCUACUGCACCUUGUUUUUUUGCUCUCCCCUACUGUCUCACUGCUCAGUUCUCUACCAUUUUGGAGUCACGUCCCUUUUGUUUUGGUUUCUGCAGGCCUAGACACACCUGUCCUGGCUGUGACUGACACAGCCUGCAUCAAAAAAUAUACUUUCACUUUCAAUGUUAACUUACUUUAAAAGUUGUUUUUUUUUUAUCUCCUCCUCUGUAAAUUGAACUUUAAUCACCCACAGGAGGUAACUGCAGGGUCUGGCAAGCUAACAGUGGAGGAUAUAAGAAAUUCUAAAUUUUAAACCGAUUUUACGGUAAGUGAAGUGAAAACAUUAGAUAACUCUUUACAGGAAGUGUUUACGAAAGUCACAGGCAGGGAGGUGUAACUAGGGCUGUGUAAACAAAGUGAUUCAACUACUAAAUGGCAGAGAAGUGAGCUAUACACAAAAACUGCUUCCUUAAGCUAAAUUUGUUUUGGUGACUAUAGUGUCCCUUUUAAGGUUUUUUGUUUUUUGUUUUGUUUGUUUUAGUAAAACCUCGUUACCAAUAGUUUGAAUUAAAAAAGAACCCUGAAGCGUCCAUUUUGCAAGGUCAUAUUCGGUUUUGGCACAAUUGGUCAUCACCCACCCCAUCAAUUCAAUGAAUGUACAGUGAUAUCUGGGCGAAGACAUGCUGUCCAUUUUAAAGCACAUUUGUAGUAGUUGUACGGUGAUAUGUUUUUUUCUGAGCUGUAUAAGAUUUGUGUUUACAAUUAUGACUUAUUCUUACCCCUCCUUGCCUGACUGGUUUUGUUUAACAGGUUGUAGCUUGCGAGCGCUGAACCGGGUGCUACAUGAUGAAAUUAUUAACAAGCCAAUGGAGACAUUAAAGCUUGCGAUACCCUCUGGAAUCUACACCCUGCAAAAUAACCUGCUCUAUGUUGCACUGUCGAACCUCGAUGCAGCUACUUAUCAGGUACUGAGACCGUGCAUAGCCUGAGCAGAAUGCAGGCUCCUGGAAUGUGACUGCUGCUACUUGAUACAUUGUUUCACGAUACAAGUGCAUUGUGGAAGUAAAUAGGUGUAUAUGUAUCAAUAAAUGCUAAUUAUAAUUUAAUAAUAAAGUGGUUAUUUAUAUAUUUAAAUUUUUUUAUUAAAAUUGUAUGCCUCAUUUUGGUGUGGGGUUUUUUUUUUGGGGGGGGGGGGGAUGAGAUUAAAUCUUCCCCAAAUAUAUAAUCAAAUAAAUAGGUGGACACUAUAUAGAGCUGCAAAAACAGAAACAAAAGUGAUUUAACUCCUGGAUGGCAGAGGCAUUAUUCAUACACCAAACAGCUUCGCAAAGCGCAAGUUGUUUUGUUGCCCAUAGUGUCAUUUUAAGCACAUAUACAGCAGGUUAACCUUUGCCCAGCCACUCCUGGAGUACAUUUCCCAUGAAUUAUCUCUCUAUUUACCAACUACACUUAUUUAAGAGAAGAAAAACGGUAUGUCAGUGUUUGAAUUUCACUCCAGGAGGUGGCUGAAACAUGUAUUUUUUUCAUCCCAGUGAAAACCAAGGAUAAAGAACUGCACAUGAAUGUAUGUGUUAACUUUCUUCUUUAAUCAGAAUGAGGGGAUGCAUUAAAGGAACACUAGCGUCAGGAAUACAAACCUGUAUUCCUGACUCUACAGUACUGGAAUUCAACUUUCCGUCUGAGUGACUGCCACUAGAGGUCUAACUUGCCAGCAAUAUAAACUCUUACAUUUCUAUUAAAAGGCAGUGUUUACAUUAAAUAGCCUGCAGGGACAGGCUAUAGACACCAGAACCACUACAUUAAGCUGCAGUGGUUCUGUUGUCUAUAAUGUCCCUUUGAGGUACAACCUCCUGCACACAUCCCUCAGUGCACACAAAUCCAUUCCAGAAUUCUUAGUACAUCUCCAAGCGCUAAGCAUGGUAGGAUUGGUAGGGCUGCAGCAUAAUAAAUUGCAGUUCUAGCAAUUUGCCUAGAUAAAUUUUCAUUUUUGCAUUACUGAUGCACAUUAAUAGCUUAACAGUUUUUAAAAAUAUAAUGUGUUCUUGUGAUCUACACUUGCAUACUAAUAUAAUCAUUUUAAAUAUCACUCAUAUAUCGUAAUAACUCAUUUUUGUAAUGAGUGUCCGCAUCUAAAUUGGUAUUCCUUUGUGGCAAUUAAGUAUGCAUACUUGUCUAGUGAGAAUGCAAGGAAGAGAAUGCAAGUAAUUUUGGCAUUCAAAUGCUGCUGAAGAUAAAAGAAAAUGUACAUAUGCCUUGGAAAUGUUUCCUAAUGCAGAGGGUCCAAAAGUGUUGGGUCCCACCGCAUUAGUAAAUCAGGUGCUCAAGACAUUUAUUCUGCUUUUCUUCUGUUCUUCACUGAUUCCAUUCAGUAGUUGCUGUGCUGGUGUUUUCAUUGAACAACAGUCUUUAUUUCAUCUACUUCAAGUUCCUUUUUUUUUGCUGUUAACCUCUUGCCUCUUUCACCCUGUCUGUCAUUUUACAGGUCACAUACCAGUUGAAAAUCCUCACUACGGCCUUGUUUUCCGUGUCCAUGCUCCAGAAAAAGCUUAAAAGUAAUCAAUGGCUCUCAUUGUGUAUCCUGAUGGCUGGUGUUACGCUAGUUCAGGUAAAUGUUAUGCAGACUGUAAUUGUUCAUUUCUUUCAAAGUUGAACACUUGGAAUAAAUGUGCAAGUUUGAUAAUAUCCACACAAUAAUCUUCUAAAGUGGCCAUGCAAUACAUAAUUCACAUGAAAGUACUUUAGAUUGUGUUUAAAGUGAAUGCACAUUUAACGUGCGUUGGAGUACAAUCCAGUGUAGCUCACAAAAAAUACCAUAUCCUGGGAUUAGCCUCUUGGAAAUACCUCAGAGAAGAAGUGGGGAAAAAAUAGUGCAUCCAAACAAAUAAAAUAGGGGAAAUUAAGACUAUUUCGGAUAGUGGAAUUUCCAACUCACAUGUUUCAAAACCCUAUAAGAAUGUUUCUGUUCUUAUAUGGCAUUAGAGUCUUUAAUGGGGGACUCCGUCCCUCAUUGGGCUGUAGCUCCUCUUCUUCAAUUUCUGCUCAAUGUACAGGAUAAAAUAUUUAGGACAACCGCAUUAAUUGUGAGUGUUCAAUAGUGUGUGUAACUACUUGUAACAGUUUGUGCGUUGGGGUGUGUGUGUAUGCUGGCAACUAUGCGCGGGUGUGUAAUUUUGUGGUGGCACUGGGGUUUGGGGGUUGUGGUGGAGGCGCAUCAGCUCACUGUUCACAUUUUGCCCUACCUGACAAAUGAGUUCAGUACCCCUGAACUAGGUGGGGUGUGUGUGUGUGUGUGUGUAUAUAUAAAUAAUCACAAUCUUCAUGAGAAUCCAGAGGAAACUGAUGGACGAAUAAUGUAAUAGCAUCGUCUGUUAAAAAAAAAAAUAAAAAAAAAAAUACUUGUAACCAUGAAGAUGCACAGAUCCAUAAACAUAUAUGAUUUAUAGUACAGUUUCAAUGUUUAGAUUAAGAAAACAAGAGGAUUCUUUUCAUUUAACCCCUUGGGUGCUAAAGCAUGUAAUGUGGAGAUCCAGAAAGCUUAUACAUAAUGCAUAGAAACAGAGCACACUUGUUAAAUGAAAAUUUCUUACACAACAGCCAGCCAUUUAACACCCGCAACAAGCAAGGAAAUGCACUCAUGAGACUUGCUGUAGAAAAAUCUUCACUGAUUUAUUUCAUGCAGACUACAACAUACAUUUUAACAUUUCAGUGUCACACGAGACUUUCAUCAGGACAUUUGUGACCACACAGAUAUUCAGUAAAUGACCAGUACAACAAGCUCCAAUGUUAAACAUUACUUGCCCAUCAUACUUGUGUCAUUGGAACCUAAAGUUUCACACAAAGAUUUGCAUAGAUGAAUUUAGUAGAUUACUAGAUUCAACCCCUUAAGGACCAAACUUCUGGAAUAAAAGGGAAUCAUGACAUGUCAUGUGUCCUUAAGGGGUUAAAGGUGUAUUAACCAUAAGUGUCAAAAUGCAUGCAGACUGUAUAACUUCAAUCACCAUACCCAACCUAAAUCAGUAACUACUCCAAAUAGGGCUGAUAACAGGAUCUUCUUGCCUGACCUUGAUAGAUAACUUCUUCAGUGGGCUAAUUUAGGUGAGUUCUAUCGUCCUUUUGCACUGAUAUUUGUAAGAGGAACCAUUCCUGUCUGUAAUAUUGACCUUUAUGAGAGAGUGUGAGUGUUAUAAUCUCCAUACUGCUAUCCUCACAUUUAUACUUUUAGAAGUCACAUGACAAAUGGGCACCUCAACUUCUGUCAUCAUAGUUUUGAACAGUUCACCCGCAUAAGCAUCCUAAUUGUCAAAUAGCCUACCUGAUUAUCACUCAAACAAUGAUUGUCAACAUCAAAGGUGUAACAAACCAAAAAGUAAUUUAUUUCCUUUUAGCGUGCUGUAGUAUGAUUGUUCUGUUGCUCUUUAUCUUGAGAAUUGUUUAGGAUCUUCCUUGUGUUUUGUUUUUUCUUGUCAGUGGCCCACAGAUUCCACCACUACUCCGUCCAAAGAGGUAUCUGUUGGUUCUCGUUUUGUAGGACUCAUGGCUGUCCUGACUGCCUGCUUCUCAAGUGGUUUUGCUGGUGUCUACUUUGAAAAAAUUUUAAAAGAAACAAAGCAGUCUGUAUGGAUACGGAAUAUACAACUCGGUGGGUUUUCUGUUAUUUUUGAACAAAGUCUGCCUUGUUUUAAAAAAAAACUGUUUCAUAGAUUAAUAUUGCUUUAUCAAUAUUCCUUUUUAUGAAAUAACUCUGAGACCACAGAAUUUACUUCACAUUUAACAAGCGCUAAAUGAUUCUUCCUGGUUAAAUAUUUUGAUAUUCUUGUAAUCUAUUGAAAUAUGUUUCAUAGAAAUAAAUAAAAAUCUAAAAUGAGUAAUGUGUGCAAGUAGUAUUCAACGAUCAAAAAAUAAAAACUUAAAGGGAAACCCCAGGCACACUUCUGCCCAUUGGAGUGGUCUGGGUGCCAACUACCACCACCUUUAACCCUGCAAGUGUAAUUAGUGCAGUUUUUACAAACUGCAAUAAUUACCUUGCAAGAUUAAGUCCUCCUCUAGUGGCUAUCAGACAGCCACUAACGGGAUUUCUGUGUUCUUAGAACACGAAAAGUGUUUGAAAUGAUGCUGGACGUCCACACGCUAUGCUUGAGGACAUCCAGCAUCGCCAGAAACCCCAUAGAAAAACAUUGAAUAAUGCUUUCCUAUUGGGAAGUGUGUGCAUUACGACUCCCCCACCGACAUCAGGAGUGUGGGCGGAGCCUGACCCUGCGCCGAGGGACAUCGGCGCUGGAUUCAGGUAAGUCACUGAAGGGGUUUUAACCCCUUCAGCUAUAUGGGAUAUGUUUUCCUGGAGAGUCCCUUUAACUGCACAGAUCCUAGCAGUCAUUUAACUUAUAUACUGGAUUCGGUAUACGGUAGUGCCAUAAAUGUCAAUAUUCAAUGUCCAUCAUAUAAAGAAGUAGGGAAGGGUAAAGUUAAGUAGAAGAAAAGGAAGUGACGUCUUAAGAGUUCAAUAGGGUAUUAAGUUAUUUUUUCUUUAUCUUAAAAAUGUAGUUGCACAAAUAUAAGGCUUGACCAGUUUGUUUACUGUUCUUUUCACCCUUCAUCUUUACCGACUGCUCCUACCUUUCCAUAUAUCUUGUAUAAACAUUAAAGCAAUAAUGCCCCAUACAAGUGAAUUCUGAAGAGUAGGGAUGUGUGACGACUUAUUUGUUUCUUGGUGCAUGGUUUGUAAAUCUUUCUUGCUUUUCCACAGGAUUCUUUGGUGGGAUCUUCGGCCUGAUGGGAGUGUUUAUUUAUGACGGAGAGCGUGUCUCUCAGGGGGGCUUCUUCCAAGGAUACAACAAUCUUACCUGGGCAGUUGUAGCUCUUCAGGUAAUAAAUGUUUAAUGUCAUAUUACUUUCUAAAGGUCUGGCAACCAAGUAGUGUCCGAUAACCCACCGAAAGGGCGGGUGGGAAUAAUACUCUCCUCCAUGUCAUUAAUAAAAUCAUGACUUUACGUCAUGUUAAUAGUAAAAUAUUGCAAUUUUAUUAAUGACAAAAGGGCUCCUAUUAUGUUAGUUUAAAGCUGAGGUACCACCUGAGAAGAAAAAUGGUCAAUUGGACGGAAAUAGAAAUCCCGAAACGUAGAUUCAUGGGAUCAAUCCACCAUUCUCAGAAUAUCGUCAAGGCGACAAUCAAUCCUCAGGACCCCGCACAGAAUGAGCUGAAAACAUAGAAGUAUCAAUCUCUGUCACAGAUAGAAGGUCCGUAUCCAACAGGCCAUAGUGGGUGUAGAAACUGGAAGAUGAGUUGUACGAAAUGAAAUAAACAAUUGAUGUAAGUUGGGUGAUCUCGAUAUCUGUGUACGAUCAAGGUAAGAUCGCAAACAUGCCACCGGGCAUAGAUUAGGUCUGACAGAGUAUCUCGGGUAGGAGAUAGAUUUCAUGGCUGAUUUAGUCCUAUGAGAAAUGUUGAACGAUACUCCUUCUGUUGUGAAGGAUAUUGCAGUGCAAUCCAAGGCUCUAACAUCAGAUAUCCUCUUACAGGAGAGCAAACACAGAAGCAUAAGCUGUUUCCAAGUCAGAUGUUUCAAGGACAAUUUAUCAUUCAGCAGCCAGGAGUCCAUGAAGGUCAACACCACAUUGACAUCCCAGAACAAGGAGUAUCUUGCUUGUGGGGGUCUAGUAAACCUCUGAUGCCUUUUAGCAGCCUACAAACGAAAGCAUGUUGUCCGAUCGGGGAACCAUCCAGACCUCGGUGACCUGCAGAAACAGCCUAAACAUUAAUUGUGCGAUAAGCCUUCCCCGAUUCAAACAGCGUUGUUAGGUAAUUGAGUAUUGCAUUCAGAGAGGCAGAAAGUGGAUCCAAUGACCUUUCCACGCACCAGCCAGCCCAUACUUGCCUUGCGGAGCAGUAGGCAGAUCUGGUCCCCGGGGCCAAGGCACUGUCCAGGAGUUCCGUAAUUGACUGUGGAAGGUUUGCAAGUGUCCAGGGACUCCAGAAAUUAACCAUGCCGUGAGUUAAAGUAGACCCUGAUCUAUCAAGCUGUGCGACUUCCCAUCCGGAUCUAGAAGAAAGUCCGGGACCAUCAGUAGCAGACGCAGGAAAUCCAAAGACAUUUCCAGAAGGCGAGGGAACCAAGGCUGUGUUUACCACAUUGGAACCACGAUCACCAGAGAGCAGUCGUGUAUGUAUAGGUAAGACCACGUCCGAGAGAUAAGGUUGAACGGAGGGAAGGCAUAAUGAUGGGACAGCGGCCACAGUAGUUGUGUGUCCAGCCUGGAUGCGAACAGGUCGACAAUCCGCAGACCCCACAAUAGUUCCAGAUGUCUGAAGAUCGAGUGAGCAGAUGCCAGUCCCCCGAAUCCUCCAGGUAUCUGUAAUUCCAAUCCGCCCAUGCGUUGUCCAAACAUGGAUACAUUGUUGUGAAGACAGAACUGCCAGAAGUCCUUUGCUAGGUUCACCAACAGUUUGGACUUCGUGCCUCCCAUGUGAUUGAUAUAACGUACCGCCGACACAUGUUCCAUGUGGAGCAGGAUACAACAAUUUCCUAUAGUCGGUGAGAGACUGAGAAUGUUGAAAGACCUCGCCAGCAAUUCCAGACAGUUGAUGUGGAGUCUGGAUUCGUCCGUGGGCCAUCAGCCACCUGUGGAAACGUUCCCGCAACGCGCUCCCGAGCCAUGUAAGCAGGCAUCAGAUUUGAUAACAAUGUCCGGAGUGGCCCAGAAAAUCGCCUGACCGUUCUAAGCUUCUAUAUGGUCAAGCCACCAUGACAGUUUUUCCCGUAAUUCCACAUCCUCCAUCCGUUGGGAUUCAUAAGAAAAGCCUGUCCAUAAAUAGAAGCCUUUUCAAACAUUGCAAAGCCCGGUAGAGCAGAGGACCCGGGAAGAUCGCUUAGAUUGAUGCAAGCAGACCUAUGAUCCGUGCCAACUAACAUAUGGAGAGGAACAUAACCCAGAGGGCGCGCCUGACCUCCUUCUUGAUGGCCUUCAUCUUGGCUUCCGGAAGAAAUAGGAACUGGGAGACUGAGUCGAUUUCUAACCCCAGAAAUUCUAUCUUCUGCACCGCAGUCACAAUGGACUUUUUCCAUUUUAUGAGGAAACCCAGAUCCUCAAGCGGUUGCAUGGUCAAUUGCAAGUGACCAAGGAGCUGAUCGGGUGAAGUGGACAUGAGCAGGAUGUCGUCCAGGUAGAUGAUCAACCAGAUUCCCCAUGCCCUGAGGAAGGCUACCACCGGCUUCAUGACUUUGGUGAAACACCAGGGAGCCGAGGAAAGUCCAAAGGGUAGACAAGUAAACCUCCAAUGCUGUCCUUGCCACGUGAAGUGCAACAGAUCCCUGUGCUCCUUUAUUAUGUGGAUUGUUAAAUAUGCGUCCAUGAGGGCCAGUUUGACCAGCCAAUCCCCAUGUUGGAGCAGGUCCCGGAGACUGAAUGCCUUCCAUUUUGAAGUGCUGGUAACGCAGGAAUGCGUUGAGGUUUUGCAGAUUUAUCACUGGGCGAACACCUCUGCCUUUUUUGGCAACAAGGAACAGGUUGCUUGUAUGCCCUGGAGUCCCAAACUGGGCCUCUUGAAUCGCCCGUUUGGAGUGUAGUUCCAUAAUUUCUGCAGAGAUGAGAUCGGCUUGAUCUUUGGGUAGUGACAACUUUGAACACAACUUAGGAAAAGCUGGUUCAGGUGGAAAUGGUUUUCAAUCACAAAUUUUUCCCCACCAUAACCUUUUUGAUUUUUGCUUCCUAAGCAUUACCAAGCCUCAAUAGCCAACUAUAGUAACAAACCUCAUGCUGAUGAGUUGCAUUAAAGCGGCACUGUCAUAGCCGAAUCCCGUUUUGUUUUGUUUUUUAACCCCCCUCCCGACUCCACUACAUCUGACUGACCCCCUAAGCCCCCCAUAUUACCUAUUUUUUUUAUUCUUUAUUUUCCUUCCCGAUCUAUAUUCACGGUGCUGCCAUCUUUGUGUGGGUAGAGGAAAUCCCUGUGGGACACGUCAUCUGCCCAUACUAGACAGACUGUGAGAUUACCGCACAUGCCCAGUGAAACACCUGGACAUGCGAACGGUAAUUUCAUCUAUUCAUUCAUUCGUCAGAUAGACGAAUGAAUGGAUAUUUCAGACGAACAAACAAACAUGGAGUAUCAGUGUUUGUUUGUUCGUGCAGUUUAUUACACGGAGGGAGCUAACGGCGCGCAGCUACCUCCUUGUAAUAUGUAAAGAUAGAAGCGGCAGGGAGCUGUGCCCCCCAGUUACCCCCUCACUCUAUGGGGGGUCAAUAUGACCCCCGUAUUAGCAUAAAAUUAAAAUCUCCCGAAUGCCCCUACUCGCUAUACCGAGUUCGACGGGUAUGAUGGUUUUUUAUUUGGCCUUUUUUGGGGCUGAAAAAUUAAGAUUUUAGAAAAAAGAAGACGUCAAAUGGUAAGUUAAAUUUUUCUUUACAGGUUAGUUAUUUUAUUCCCCCCUCGCCAUUUUUUUAGGGUGAGGGGGUAGGUAGGGGGUUACUUUUUUGGGGGGGGGUGACUAGGGGCUUGGGGACCCCUAGUCACCUUUGUUGGGGGGGGUGGGGGAAUUUGUCUUAGGGCCACCACCCACCGCCCAGGGGUGGGGGGGGAGAGACAGUAGGUCCCCCCCCCCAAUUGUAAUUUAUGGCCCCCACCCACCGCGCAGGGGUGGGUGCCGGGGGGGAGGAAAGUUGGUGUCCCCCUCAUUAUCUUUAUGGCCCCCACCCACCGCUCAAGGGUAGGGCCUGGGGGGGAGGACAGUAGGGUACCCCCCAUUGUAAUUUAUGGCCCCCACCCACUGUGCAGGGAUGGGGGCCGGGGGGGGACAGCAGGUUAUCUUUAUGGCCCCCACCUGUUGCACAUGGGUGGGGGCAAUAGGUUUGUUUAUUUUUGUUUUGUUUUUUUACAGUGAGCAGCCACAGGCUGCUCACUGCUUACUAGACAUGCCCCUACUCGCAGUAUAACGAGUAGGGGCAGAUCAUGUACUAAUACUAAGUAAUCUUUACUUAGUAUUAGUAAAUGUGGCUGAAAGACCAAUUUAGGUCUUUCAGCCUUUUGGUAGAUAACUCCCUGAUACCGUGGGAAUUAAGGAGUUAUCUACUAAGCGGCUGCAAGAUGCAGCCACAGCACGAAUUGAAUCGGCGUUUCAUUCAUUUAAAUGAAAUUCCGAUACGAAUAAAGUGCCGAAUUGAGUAAUAAAAGAAACGAUCAUACUGUUCACAUUCAGUUAGAACGCAAUUCGGCAGUUUCAUCUAAAAUGACAGGGAACACUGAGGAAAGGUAAGAAUUAUGGGAAAAUUGCUCUGACCAGCGGAAAUGAAGUACACUUUGCUCCUCUGCUGGUCAAAGCUGGUCAAGCGGAGGAAACCUCCAUAAGGCAAAGAGUCCCUCCUUUGUCUUAUGAUUAUAAAGAAAACUAAAGAAGACAGGAAGAAAAGAAGAACAUAUCCUGAGAGAGUGGGAGAAGAGGAAGAGAUUGAGGAAAGGUAAGUUCGGCAUGAAAGUGCCGCUUUAACAAUGAAACAGCUGUCCAUGAGUGGUUCACGGGCUUUGCAUAUUUUCCUAAGUUGUAUUUCAAAGCUGUUGUAUACAGCAAACACCGACUCAAAGGUUUACAUAUGCCCACCCAGAAUCCUUUGCGGUAGUAACAUCACUGCAAAUUUGUGAUUUCUGUGGGAAAAGCAAGUCUUGUGGCUUGACUGGUGUGCAGAUUUAUGUUUAAUAUUGUAAUAACUAUCCACAGACUUCAGGUAGGAAGGGGUUUUCAAUCACAAUUUUUUCCUGACCAUAACCUUUUUGGUUUCUGCUUCCUAAACAUAGAUAUAAAUACUUAUCUAAUCAAUACAGAAUGAAAACCGGAGUAUACUUAGUUGGUCUGAGAGAGCAGCAAAGAAAGAGGAAGUUGAUGGCUAGUUCAAGACCCUUUUAUAGACUGUUCCUGUAUCCUGAUUGGUUGCCCUGUUCCUAGGCAGAUUUGUUAUAUUGAUCUUUUAUUCGAGUAUAUACUUUUUCUCUUUGCUGCUAAGGGAAAAUAAAGAAAGAGAAAGCAUAACAGGAGCCUCCAUGUCAAUAAUAAAAUCAUAGUUUAUACACUACAUUUCCCUAGCUAUUAAAGACUAAAUGUUUGUCAGUAGAAAUGUCGCCAAUUUAUAUCUUCAUUGCUAAGAUUAGCUAUUGUUUGCAUUUUCUUUUCAAACUAUUUUUAUUGAACAGUAUUUAAAAAUUAAAAAAUCACAAUUUGUUAUAUAAAGAAAUCAAAAUGUAACAAUAGAAACAUGAGUAGAAGGGAAGGUGAAAAAAAUUACAGAUCAAAACGAAAUUAAAAAAAAACAGGAGGGCAUGGGUACUAUCCAAGUGCACAAUAAUAAAAUGGUGGAUUUGUUCCUGUGAAAAUUAUAAUACAGAGAGUAAUAUAACCAAUUGUAUGUCUAAAUAUAUUGUAUAUCAAUAUGUAACAGGGCAUAUGGAAUUGUCUACCGGAGAAACUCUAUAUUUAUAUCAUUUUUCCAAGCGUCCCAAUGAAACUGCAAAUUCACCUUUUGAAUUUGCACCUACCAUGAUUUUAUCUAAUUUACUUGAUGUCUUAUUUAGAUUUUUGAAUAAACCCACCAUUAGAGAUAAUGUUAGAAUUAACGGAUCUAUCUUUUCAAUGAGUGAAUGUAUUCCCUGCCAGGACAGCAGUUAGGGGGCCAGGUUCCACAGGUAUAUAAUAUUGUAGUGAUUUUCUAUAUGGUUGGAACACUGUGCUGUGCUAUCCCUUUGAGAGAUGUGAAUGCAAGCCAUUCCUCCAGGACCCAUUGCAGACCUAGAUCUUUUUCUCCACGCCUUCCCAACCCUUCAUGUUCUGUAGAACCACUAAUUUAACUCUGCACAUUUUGUUCCUCCACGUAAAUCCAAGAGGAUCCAAAUGUAUCUUCUUAAAAAAUAAAAAAUAAAGACAAGGGAACUUUAAGGGGAUAGAUCUUCAUUUUGAUAGAAGCUAUCCUCCCCAACCAGGAUAACUCCAGUUCAGACUAUUUAAAAAAAAAAAAAAUUUUUGUAUAUUCUAAGAUGUUUGUGGAAUUCUUUUCCCAUGAUUCUUAGAUAUCCCUUUAGUUAGAAAAGUGUUGCAUUUUUAAAGGAUGGGUAUAGACAUUAAAAAAGAUAACUGCUUAGAGGGUUCAUCUACUUAGCUACAACUACAGAGGGCAUAAAAACUGCUACACCCUAGUAUCUAAAACACUUGGCUCACCUUGGCACAACAGUGAAUAUUAUUAUGGAUAUUCCUUUCACUUACCUGCCCAAGAAUACUGCUUCAACAUAUUGCGUAUUACUUUGAAACCUACUAUUGGUCUUUUAUACAUGUUUAUUUGAAUAGUAUUGUUGGAAAGUUGUUUUCUGAGUCUUUGGGUCUCUUAAUUGAAUAGACAUCAUUCGGUUAUCAAUAUGAUAAGUUCGCCUGAAAGGUUAACAUCUUCACCAUCUGCAGAAAAGAAACCUAAUUUUCCUAAAUAUAUUUUGUGUUCCUAAAACUUCCACAGUCAUGUGUAGGAAAAAAAUACAUGCUGCCUUCUGACUCUCUAAAAUGAAAUCCUUUUUGAAUAAUUGAAAUUUAUGAAGUGUUCCAAUGAUCCACAUUAAUAUCUUUUUAUUUAUAUCUCACUUCAUUAGGCUUAAAAUUCCAUUUUUAUUACAGAAAUACACUGCAAUUCCUGAUUAUGUUGGAUAGGAAAAUAACAAGACUAGAGUUUUUCAAGCCAAGUUUUGGUGUUUAAAUACCUUUAGUGGACAUGGUUGGCUUCAUAACGACACUCUGGGAGAGCAAACAUAUGAAAAGAACACAAAGUAAUGGGCAGCACAGGAUGAAUAGGGGAACAUUUUGUAUAGUUAGGCUUGCCAGAGUCAAAAUAAGCCAUAACGAUCACAUUAAAAAAGAAAGCGAAAUCUAUUUUACCAAGUUGUUUUUUUUGUUUUGUUUUGUUUUUUCCACUCAAUUCUUUGUUUCCAUGUUGGAAACAUUGUUCAAAUUCCCCCUGCUACUGGGUAUCAAUGAGCAGUGUUUGCACUUUGUAUGUUUAACAGUCUUAAUAAUAGGGCCUUAACAGUUGUUAUAUUUCCUUAAAAUUGACAUGCAGGGAUAUGAUUCUAGUUUAUCUUUCUGUCUCUAAUUCCUUGUGUUGUACCGGUAAAAGCUAAAAAAAAAAAAAACCUAAAUAAAGAUUCUUUUAAAAAAAACAAAAACUGGCCCUUCCAAGGUUAAAAAAAAAAAAAAAAAAAAGUAUAAAAAUGCAAAACGUAAAACCCACCUUAUUCUGCUUGUUCCAGAGGAACGUAACUAUUAAUCAAACAAGUAGUACAAUCUUUCAGGGUGGGGGAUAACAUAUCCAUUAAGCAUCUGUGAAGUCUGCUGUUGUCAGCAUAUCUAUGGUAAACCACAUAUUUUACUUCAUGAAAAAUUCUGAUGGUUUUAUUUAGAAUGUAGCCUAAAGUUAAAAAAAAAAAAAAAAAACAGCUUUAGGCCUGGCAUCUGCAAGUGUUUUAUGCCUUAUCAAACAUUAUUUAUACAGCAUCAUUCAGUAAAUAGCAAUUUUUAGAUUAUGAGCUAGUAAUGCAACUCAAAGUAGGUGGAACUGACACUUAUGCAACUUAUCUGCCGAAAGCCCUUGGAAAAUUCCGGUUUGCUAUCUGUGAGUUUCAAUGUGCUAAAUUAUAAUUCAAUCAGGGAAUUCAUUAAGUAGUUUGUGAAGGAUCUGGGUAGAAAUUUAUAUCCUUACACUGACAGCAAGAUACCGCUCUGCUUGCUUACAAGAUCAGCAGGGCUAGAUUUCCCGUUGGGUAGAGUAGACACCUGACCACUAGGGGUGCCUUUUCCCAGCAUUUAUAAUGUUCAUUUUUGAGUUUAAUUGGGCUGAUUGGUAGAAAUAAUUACCAGGAGCCUUGAUCAGUGAUCACUGUACUCCAGUCAGCUACCUAUGCUGGAUAUCAGAGCUACAGGGUGUAAAACUCAGUGCUGUCCCAGCUUCUGCAGUGUCUGUGUGUGAGGCUGAACAGGUAGAGAUAAUUUCCUAUCUGCCCACUAGUAACGUCUGAUACAGGAAAUGCAUUGCAGGAGGAACAGGGAAAGCUCUGAGUGAUGCACACUGUAUAACUACUCCUGCAGCUGUAAUAUCAUCAUCUGACUGGUCUACAGAAGACAUACGAUGAGUACUUUUCAAAUAACCAUUCAAACGGCACACUGAAAAUAAAUACCUAAUCCUAUGUAUAACUCCUCUUAAACAGUAAAUUUGAAGGAACACUAUAAAUUAGGAACACAAAUGUAUUCCUGACCAUAUAGUGUUAAAACCACCUCCCUGGCCCCCUUUGUCUCCCUAAAUAUAGUAAAGUCUUACUUGUAUUUAAGUCUGCAGCUGCUGGCUCUGCCUCUGACCUGUCUGCUGACAUCAUCAGAAGUGGUGGUCUGAGCCAAUCACAGUGCUUCCCCAUAGGAUUGGCUGAGAUUGUCAAGGAGGCAGAUCAGGGGCAGAGCCAGCACAAGUCAAACACAGCCCUGGCCAAUCGGCAUCUCCUCAUAGAGAUGCAGUGCAUCAAUGCAACUCUAUGAGGAAAGUUCAGUGUCUGUAUGCAGAGGGUAGAGACACUGAAUGGCAGUGCUGUUCACUGUGCAGCACGCCCCAGAAAGCACCUCAAGCAGCCAUCUGAGGAGUGGCCAGUGGAUGUAUCACUAGGCUGUAAUGUAAACAUUGCAUUUUCUCUGAAUAUACAGUGUUUACAGAAAAAACGCCUGAGUGGAAUGAUUCUACUCACCAGAAUAAAUGCAAUAAGCUGUAGUUGUUCUGGUGACUGUAGUGUCCCUUUAACUUAACUCGAGCCCAAAACUCAAACCUUAACAGCCCUUAUACUAUAACUUUAACCCCUCUCAAGCUAUUAAUCUUCUUAACCCUAAACACCCUAUGUAAUAUAACUCUGACAUUAACCCCUCUCUCAUUUUAAUCCCCCCUUAACCAUAACCACUUCUAACAGUAUCUUUAACCCUGCAUGCAUUUACACAGCUCCAUACACACUAUAUUCACACAUUAAAGCACAAUACAUUACAAGCAGAACACGAAUAUACACAUACAUACAUUAAUACAUAGAGAGUUGUCCAACAUGAAUGUGGGGUUUUUUUUUUGUUUUGUUUUAGUCCUACAAUGUCUAAAUUCAUUAUACUUAUUGUAUCUGCCUAAUUUUGGCAUUGGGGAGCAGGAGGUGCCUUAGAGUUUUGUGCAUAACUGGCACCCUGACCUGUAAAUUCGGCCCUGACUAUGAGUAGCCUACUAGAAUUAGCAGUGCAGAGGAGUUUAGUUAAAAAAAAAAAAUAAAAAAAUUAAAUCUGCACUGCAUAAUACUCCAAGCACUGCCAUGUGUGCUUGGUCAUGUAAAGGAGGGUAAAAUAAUGUGCAAUGUAUGCUAUACCUAUGCAAGGACAUCCAGGUGUACAGUCUUAAUUCAAAUAUAAAAUACUCUUUAGAAUUAGAAGGGGGGAAAAGUGACCUACCACUAGGUAACUAUAUAGUAUCCAGAAUUUUAUUUUUUAAAUGCCUCUUCAUGAUGAACUGGAAUAGUUUUCAUUUAAACACUGUUGAUUUAUUGAUCUUUGGGUUUUAUUUUAUAUUUUUUUUUUAAUUAGGUGUUUUUGAGGAGGGGGGUUAAAUAUUUUCUUUAUUGCAUUUUCAAAUUAGAUUACAUCCAUUGCAAGACGUACAUAUAAGUUAACAUACAAACAAAUAUAGUGUGAGAUGUGUACAAUACAAUUUUGAGCAUACUGCUUAAUAUAGAACAUAUUUGCUUGAUACAAUAAGACAGUGAUAGCCACAAGAGGAUUAAAAUAAUAAGGAUCUGUUAAUACUGAGAUUUUAAUUAUUAUUAUUAUUAUUUAAAUGUUUUAUUAGCUCUUUAGGCUUUAGUUGAGCUUAGUCCAUUCUAACCGAAUUAGUUUGCGUAGAGAUGUAUUAUUGGCCUUUCUCUUAAAAAUUAUUUUCCAUUUGGCUUUGGUAGUUGAUUUGUUUAAAUAUAUCUGACCAUAAUAUAGUUGUUGAUAAUUUUCUGUUGGAGACUACACCUUGGGAAAUCCAAAUAAAAGAGUAAUAAUUCAGGGGAUAACAAUACAUUUUGAUUAAAACAUUUUGAAAUAAUUUUUUUUAUUGGUUUUAAUUAUUAUAUAACAGUGCCACCUAAUGUGGAAAGGUCUCAUAUAGUACCAUUAAGUGCAGUGCAGUAUUGGUUACUUCAUGCUUAAUGUGACACUCUGGGUUUUGGUUUUUUUGUGUGUGUGCUCUUAAAAGAACACUCCAAGCUGACAUUUAGCAUUUUUGAAAAUAAUUUUUUUUUAUUUUUUUUUUUUUAUGUAUACGAUAGGUGCAUUUGAGGGGAGGAAAAGCAAUUAAUGAAAUAUGCAAAAAAAAAAAAAAACAUUUUUAAAUAUCUGGUUUAUGAUCAGUUGCUUUAAGUAUGUGAUUUGCAGGAAAGGGAACAGAGUAAUUUUGUACCAGGUCCCAGUAUUUUAUGCUUUAUAUUUUAGGUACCAUAUUAUUGGUUUACUUUCAAACUUUAUAAAUAUGAAUCAGGAUGAACUUUAAUUGGUCAUGUCAAGCAUUGAUAGAAUAUGGCUAUGUUUUAUUCAGACAUAUGAGAGGGUUUUGGAACACUGCUGCCACCAUAAAAACUGUAUUUAUUUUUUUUAUUUUUUUCCUCCCAUCUCUUUUUUAGGCUCUAGGAGGGCUGGUGAUUGCUGCUGUUAUUAAAUAUGCUGAUAACAUCUUGAAAGGUUUUGCCACAUCUCUCUCCAUCAUACUGUCUACGUUAAUCUCUUACUUCUGGCUGCAGGACUUUGUCCCAACUAGGUAUUUUCUUUAUAUUUUCAACCAUUGCUAGGGGCUCGGGUUCAUUUGUGAUGCAUUGUCUAAUUUUUAUCAUUCAUCUAUAUAUAGCCAUUACUUGUAAUGGUCAAACAUUAUUCAUAGUAAGUAGUUAAAACUGGUUAAAGGAACAUUCCCAAACACCAUAUCCAGUACAACUCUCUAUAGUAGCUAUGGUGUUAGGAAAACCCUGACAUCCCCCCAUUGUAAAUAAUAAACCACGGUUAGAACGGUUUGACUUCAACUUAGAUGAUCCCCUCCUUCACUAUCAGUGGAGAACUAAAAGCUCCUAAGUAGCUCAUGGUAAGUCGUCAAAGCAUUUACCAACAGUUUGACACUUACCUGGCUCUGACCAUUACACACACUCCUUCCAGACUGCUAUGAUGAACUUGGAUCAUCAUACUUUGGCAUUAACAUGAUCAAUUUUUGCAACUUUGGAUGUCAUUCAUAUAGGAACUAUUCCUGUUAAAUGCAAAAAAUAGGACCAAUUUCAAGAAAUAAUUGUAUUAAUGCAUUUUCUUUUGUACCCUGCAGUGUUUUCUUCAUUGGUGCUCUUUUGGUAAUUUCUGCCACGUUUCUUUAUGGCUAUGAUCCCAAACCGUCAGCAAAUCCCAUUAAAGCAUGAGGACCGGAGUGCAAUACUUUAAGGAAUCCCAGUGCCCUUUCUGUUCCAUGUUUUGAGAGGAACAGACCAGGGUAAAGAGGACUAACCAAGACACAAAUGCUGCUGAGCGCAACGGGACCACAAGAUGAGAUGCGGCUUUAUUCUUGUGUGAUGGACGCUAAUUUAUUUUAAAAUUAAAUUUAUCAAAGUGAUAUAUAUUUUGUUUUAAUACUUGAAGUAGGGGGUGUCAAUAAUAGGGAUAUUUGUGCAACUCUUCAGAUAAAAUCAUUUUAUUUUUUUUUGUACACCUACAAAUAUUUAAUCUUUAAAAAUUGAUUUUUUAUUGUUGCUGUACUAAGAUUCUCACCUACAUAUGACCCCAGAUAAUGUUUCAGAUCGAUGUAAGAAAAUACUCUACUACCAUUUUAUACUGAAAAGAGCAUUAAUCCUCAAGAUUUGUUUUUUAUUUGGGCAACUGAAAGUCUCACUGUCUUUGUACAACAAACUAAAACAAGGGAAAUAAAUAUGUUUUUAUCAAA